GUUGGGGACGCUCUCCUGGGGUUGCUAGCAGUGUGAUUUACUAAUUUUUCUGGAGUAGACUUUUUAUGUGUAUGGAAGACACAUUACAUAGAUUGCUUCCCUCCAGCCAUGGAAACCCUUUUGUGGGUUAUUCCACUAUCGGAGGUGAGGGGAGAAGACACUGGGAAUAAAGGUUCCCCUUUGGUAAUGCUAAAGCUUUGCAACUGCCACCCAAGAAAGUUUGCUUGGUAUUGAGUCUGUUGACUUUUUGGUGCUGGGUAAGUCCUUUUACAUUUUCCCAGAACAAUUAUAUCUGUUGAUUCUAACUCUGCUUUUGCUGUUACUGUUGGGGUUUUUACUUACUGAUUUAUCGUUAUUGUUAAAAUUAUUUUGAAUUUUAAGCCACUUUUGGUUGGCUUUGGGAAGAGGGGUAGCCAGUUAAUCAAGAAUAAAUGCCGAAGAGUAUUAUUAUAUGGUUGGGCUAGAUAUACAAAUGGAUCAUAUGACUGGGAUGUAAUAUGCAAGUGUAUCUCUAGCCAAUGAACUUUCUACAAACCUAAGGAAUUUGGCUUGCCCAGGAAAAUACUGUAUGAUUGCUUUGUUAGCAGUUCAUUUUGAUUCCUGUUUUUAUUUAACAUUUCCUAUAACAUUUCCUGUGAAAAUUGACACAUUGAUGCCCAGAGGAUAUGGUUUCCAUCCUGUGUGAUUCUUUGUAAUGCAAUGGUCAGGGGAAAUGGUCAAUAAAUAUAUCAAGUUAAACUUUAUUUAUUAAUAUAAAAAAUGCACACCCUGCCCUUCUGGUGCCUGUGCACCACUCAGGGUAACUAACAACAAUUAAAAUCAACCAUGCAGUGUAUGAUACAACAACCCCUUCCCUAAAAUACAAUAUAAUGAGAACAGAGCAGGGAGGUUGUUGAGUGCAUUUAGUCUGAUGAUUCCCAUCACCUUGUGUUAGGGGGAAAUAGUAAUUAUUCCUCAGUUAAACCUGAUGGGCAGCUGAGUAGAGUUACCCCACAAUGGUGAAGCGCAGUAUCACAGAACAAAUAACCACCAGCUUAGUGAUACCUUUGCACUGGUAGGAUUCUAUCACCAGCUACAUCAUGGCAUGGGCAGAGUACUACCAUGAUGGUGCAGCAGCAGGAGCAUAGCAAGGGAGAAAUGCAAGUUCAGGAGAGUGCUAGAGUUCCCACUCACUCCAGUGGUGUAACAUAUGCCUUAAAACAGGUAUCAAAACAUUGCUAUAUAAGUCAAUGGAUUGCCUUCCUCCGCAUUCUCCUCCCUUCUCCAGUCACAACAGGGAAUAGGAUUCUGUUACAGCCAGUCUCAGGAGUAUACAUGACCCACUCGAGGAAUCCUGAUCUCAUAUAUCCAGGAUUGUUGCAUGAUCUUUCUUCAUCUGUCUAUAGAACUUAGAGCAGGGGUCAGCAAACGUUUUCAGCAGGGGGCCGGUCCACUGUACCUCAGACCUUGUGGGGGGAUGGACUAUAUUUAAAAAUAUUCCUAUGUCCCACAAAUAACCCAGAGAUGCAUUUUAAAUAAAAGCACACAUUCUUCUCAUGUAAAAACACUAGACAGGCCCCACAAAUAAUGCAGAGAUGCAUUUUAAAUGAAAGGACACAUUCUACUCGCGUAAAAACACGCUGAUUCCCGGACCGUCCGCAGACCAGAUUUAGAAAGGUACUGGGCCAAAUCUGGCCCCCGGGCCUUAGGUUGCCUACCCAUGACUUAGAACAUGCAAGGGAGAGCUUUAGUGAUGUGUAUGCCAGUGAAAGCGCACUUUGGUUUCAACAAAAUGGGAAGCUUCCAACGAAAUGGGAAAGCCUUCCUGCCCAUGCCUGUCUCUUCUGUGCCCUUACAAGGACUACACAAUCAUAACAGGCACCCCAAAACUAUUGCUUUAACUGACUAGGGCCAGAUGCGCAAUGGGAUGGGGGAUGCUGUGGUGUAAGCGCCUUGUGAAUAAAAUGCCAAUGUAUUGGUGCCCCCUUUAGUUUUGCCACUCUGAGAGACCCAGAUGCCGCAUAUAAAAUGCACCUGCAGUCCUCCAGACCACACACAUGUAUAGUUAAGCUCAAUUCACUUUUCAAAUGCCAAAUAAUAUAAACCUAUCAGCAAAUUCCAGUGGGCGAUAAAUGCCACACCUUGAGAAUUUGAUACACUGGUAUCCAAAAGCCCGAUACAUUUGAGCCUAUACUUGCAUUACUUUUAUAAGACUACCACGUCUGAUCUCUGAAUCGGGCUCUUUGAAACAGUGUGUGUUUAAUCAGGUUACUCAGUGAGUCAUUCUGGGUCAUAUCACUAGCUCUUCCUCAAGCAAGAAGCUGGGGGUGGGGCAGGGAUGUGUCCAAAUACAAUAUGAAUUGUAUUGUAAGAAGGUGGGCACUGAUACACACACACACACACACACACACACACACACACACACACGUAUUUGUUCCAGUACAUUUCCUUGGUUGAAAUGCAGAGCAUUCACCUUAAAAAAGCAUUUGAAGUUUAAAUUUUAAAAUGUUUUACAUUUAAAUAAUUACAACUUGCCCUUUGCAGUACUAGAAGUGGAAGGAAAAGGAAAUGGGAUGGGUUCCUUCCAAAUUCAUGUCAUUAAUUAAAAAACAAACCAACAAGUUAUUUGCUAUCAUUAUAGUUGGAUACAUCUCACCAUCCACUCUAUCAGAACAUUAGUAUUCUAACAAAUUCAGAAGUAUGCCACCACUGCAAUAAAGUUGCAUUUCCCCCAUCCACAUGAAACCACCGAAAUAGAAUACCAGUGCUGAUUUGCAAAUAAACUUUCAAAGCUGUGGCAAGGGCUUGGGGUUUCCCCUCCCUCCCCUAAGCCAGUUCUGAGAUGAUUUCUCCAAGUAAGCCACAGUGCUCCAAAUUGCAACAGCUAGGUGAGAGUUCUUGUUGUACUCAAGUGGAACCCCUUAGCUCAAGUGAAGAAAGUUCAAUCAGAUUGGGGAGUCAUUUUUCACAGAACAAGGAGCCUUUCAUAUCUAGUCUUCUUCCUAGUUACCUAGAAUGCAUAUUAUUUUCUUAGGAAACACACCAAGGUUCAAUAGUGAUAAUACUGGCUUGUCAAAUUUAGUUCAGACUGCAUAAUGAUGAUUUUUUUUAAAGAAGCUGGAGAAAAGUCCCCUAACCUUGAUUUGGGACCUCCAUUGAUGCUUCCUUGGGACACACUCUGUACUUGAUUUUACAGUCUUCUGCUUCCUUCUCAACCUAUAUUUCUAUGCAGUUAGUAUAGGUGUUUCUGUACUCUCUGUCCACUAACAAAAUGAGGCUGUAAAUGCCACCCUGAAAACUUGAAUAUUUAAGCUGUUUAGUUUUUAAUUCAGAGCUAGAGAAGUCCAAUAUAUUACCAGUCUUACAAGCUAUAUAUAUUUAACUUCUACACAUAUGCAAGAAGUAUGUGUGUCCAGAUUUUUUUAAAGAAACAACAACAAUAAUUUAAAAGGCUUUUUAAAAAAAGGAAUUCUAGAAUUUGCAUGUGAGGAAAAGGAAAAAAAGUUGAAAGCAUGCGCUCCCUCUGCUGGCCAAAUAGAAAUUGUGAGUUACAUAUUGUAGUAUAAAAUCAGCCUACUCCAAAGCCUACUCUGGAGUAGGCCCUCAAAAUUAAGAACAUGAUUUAGAGAAAGAGGGUGAUGGGUUUAGUCCGGUCAGUUUUUACUGAUGUCAUUGUAAAGGUGGCCUAUAACAUUCAUAUUACUAGUGGGGAUAUUUAAAUUCUGAAAUGCUAUUUUUUGUGUAAGAGUGCUGAAAUAAAUAAACAAAACCCUAAUAAGACCUAUAUCUUCACACAAAAACUACAUUUUCUACAUCCCUAACAUGGAAAGAAGACUUUGCAGAAGUCUCCACUUAAAAAAAAAAAGACAAAAUAUUCCCACCUCAUAGUUUGUUCCAAGUGUGAGAUGAUUCUAGCAAAAUGAAAAAGAUGGAUCUUUUAAGAUGAUUCAUACACAACCUUUGAGGAGCAAAACUGAGCCUUCUUUCCUUUUCUCCUAAAAUCUACUAAAAUAUUUUUAUGAUUUUGUGUUAUGUUGUCAUAGCUAUUACCUCUAUAUGGACAUAAUCUCAGAGAGUUGAACAUGAAAUAAUAUUACUUUUUGUGCCUUGUUGUUACCUGAGGCCAAAAAUGUUGCUGUGACUUUGUAAGUGCCAUGAGAAAUGCUUCUCGUCUCAACCCUUUGCAUUUCAGCAGAUGCAAGCAAAACAUAUUGGCAAAGAGGCAAAAAGUGCUGUUGCUUCGCAGUUCCUAUUUGCAGGCUCUCUCCUCUCUCUCUCUCUCUCUCUCUCUGUGUGUGUGUGUGUGUGAUUGUGUGCUCUUGCUUUGAUCAUCUUUGCCUUAAAGUCAUGGACAGCAGUGGCAGACAGCAGCAUGUUAAGCAUACUGGGAAUUGCAGCUCUGUGAGGGCAAACUAAAGUUCCCCAGGAAACUUGGGGGGAAAUCACGUGCUAAAUGUUCUUUAAAUGUAUGGUGCGGAUGUUGAGCACAGUGGGUUCCACCAGUAUGGUGGUUUGAGCUUCUCCAUGCAGUGUGGCAUAGAGCCAGUGUCUUUCAAGCAUGGUGACACACCAGUGGGGCAGCAAUACGCUGCAGAAACUGUUCACAUAAGAAGGUAGCUGGGUGAGAGAUGGGGGCAACUUGGAUGGUAGACAAGCAUCCAAGCUGCUUCUUAGCUCCCUUUGCAACUUCUUCCUACUUCUUUAUGUCGGGGUACUGGGAGGCUGGGACUAAUCAGGGCAGGAUGCAGACAGGUAAGAUUGGUUUGGUUAACUAUUUAGGAUAAAUUACUGUGAGCAUGGUCGAACCAGUGGAAGAUGAUGAUUUCAUUUAUUGCAUUGUAAAGCAAGGCAGCGGGAUGCGGGCGGCGCUGUGGAUUAAACCACAGAGCCUAGGACUUGCCAAUCAGAAGGUUGGCGAUUCGAAUCCCCGCAACGGGGGAGCUCCCGUUGCUCAGUCCCUGCUCCUGCCAACCUAGCAGUUCGAAAGCAUGUCAAAGUGCAAGUAGAUAAAUAGGUACCACUCCAGCAGGAAGGUAAACAGCGUUUCCGUGUGCCGCUCUGGUUCGCCAGAAGCGGCUUAGUCAUGCUGGCCAUAUGACCCGGAAGCUGUACGCUGGCUCCCUCGGCCAAUAAAGCGAGAUGAGCACUGCAACCCCAGUUGGCCACGACUGUACCUAAUGGUCAGGAGUCCCUUUACCUUUACCUUUACUGUGAGCAUGGUCGAACCAAUGGAAGAUGAUGAUUUCAUUUAUUGCAUUGUAAAGCAAGGCAGGGAGGGAGGAGGCAGAGGUCCUUGCUGCCACUGCUAAACCAGUGGCAGGGAGUAAGCUGGGGAGGCAGGGGAAGAGAGGACAGAGGCCACCAUCGCCCCAAAAGUGCUGCUGCUGUGGAAGUAAUCCACGAUGAAGCACCACAAAGAGGAGAAGGGGCAGCAGAGGCAGGGGGCAGAUGAGGACACUGGGGCGACCCACACAGUGUGAUUUGUCCUGGGGGUAACACCUCCUUAGGGGUGGUACCUUCAAAUGAAUGCUCAUUAUGGAAAAGACUAAUAAAAAUACACAAGGUUGGUUCAUCACUUACUCACACUUGGACAAUGUUGCCCAUAACAUUUAUGCUUUAACUUCUUCUUCUUUCUAGAGGAAUUUCCCCCCCCCCCCCCAUCUACUAAGUAGUGUAAUAUUAAGGCCUGCAGAAAAUGCUUAGAGUGUGUUAUAUUUUUUUACAAAGUUUAAAAAUAUCAUCUACUGCUUGUGGAACAUGUUGCCAUCACCUUUUGCAUAAAGCAGACAUUGAUAUUUUUUAAAAAAUGAUUGUUUUGGCCUCAAAAUAUUAGAUAAACUAUGAUGGACUUUACUGCUAAAACUACAGAUUGCCACAUUUCCCUUAUACACUAUUCAGGAAUGAGUUUCAAUGUCUUAUUCACAUCCAUGCACACUUGGAAAAUGAGAGUUACUGGUAAAUGUUGAGCUAGAGAGCUAGAGUAUGAUGAAUUGAAUGAAAACUCAAUGGGAACAGAAAUUCCAGAUUCAAUAACUCAAUUUGUUUUCCAAGGCAACUGACUCCGAAUGUUUAAAAGGCAGAGUAAGUUCUAAUUUACUCUGCCUUUUGAAUGUUCAGAGAGAAUUACCUAGAGAACAAAUUGAGUUAUUGAAUCUGGAAUCUUUCUUCUCUCAGAGCUUUCAUUCAAUUCUAGGCCAUUAUAUUUCUGUGCAUUGCAUCUCUAAGCAUGUUUCCCCCCUCAGAAUACAUGUUCUCAUGGCUAGCCCAAGAUAUUAUGUCCUCCUGCCAAUGCUAGGAUGCAUAAGCUUGAUUCUGUGAGCUGCUAUAUCUGCCUGGAUGAAGGCUCAUAGCACUGUGAUGGAAAGUACUUAAAGCCAGGUAUUAUAUAGGUUUUCUCAGUAGAAAAUGGCUUUCUCACAACAUACCUCCAGAUAGUGAAUUAAUAUUGUACUUAUAAAACAAAAGGGAAACUGAAGAGUAGAGGUGCUUUUCCUACAGUCAUACUGCACAUUGCUUAUAGAUGCAACAGUUUAUUUUUUAAAAAAUGUGUUGAAAUAAGGAAAGAAGAAGCAGAACAUAAGUAUGAGCCCAGGGUAAAAAUACAAAAAUCUGUGCUAGCUAUCCGAAAUGUGCUCCUGUUCAGCAAAGGACAUUACAAUUACUGUUCAGAUGUGAGGCUUUCAUUUCUGGACAAAGGGUAUAUUAGUAUUAAGAAAUGCAUUUGAUAACAUUCACAGCCCAACACAUGUGUUGCACUAAGGUCCUUGGAAAACAUUUCCUAAACUUACUGACAAUUCAAACAAAGUGAAGGUGCAUUGCCAAAUCUGAUAAAAGUAUCAAACGGAUAUAGAAGUCUAAAAGCAUUACUGAUCACUUUCCAAGGUGCAGUUGGUCUAGCAUUCUUCCACCAGAUGUACUUAGACUUGUGUGUGUGCCUUGUAGUUGGUAAGUGGGUUAGAGAUAUUAAGUGUGUUCCAUUACCAGUUGGUUUUUAUCUUCUCAAAUGGGAAUUACCACUGGAAAAAUAAAUUUCAUUGCUUCCCCCCCCCUUGCCUUCCCUCAGUCCUCCAUUCUUUUCCAUAAUGUGAUUAUAGAAGCUAAUGUCCAACUUCAUCCUAUAAAAUAUAUUUUGGAGAUUGGCUCUUAAUUCCUACAUGCAUGCUCUGGGGUCUAGUAAUUAGUACACGGUUGGUUUGGAAGGUAUUUCCUCUGAAGUCAGACAGACUGGAAAUUCUGGGGUGGUUGUUUGAAUUUUACCAGAGGCUAAUUUAGGGGAUGGUGCUGGAGGAGACUCUUGAGAGUCCCAUCGACUGCAAGAAGAUCAAACCUAUCCAUUCUUAAGGAAAUCAGCCCUGAGUGCUCACUGGAAGGACAGAUCCUGAAACUGAGGCUCCAUUAUUUUGGCCACCUCAUGAGAAGAGAAGACUCCCUGGAAAAGACCCUGAUGCUGGGAAAGAUGGAGGGCACAAGGAGAAGGGGACGACAGAGGACGAGAUGGUUGGAUAGUGUUCUCGAAGCUACCAGCAUGAGUUUGAUCAAACUGUGGGAGGCAAUGGAGGACAGAAGUGCCUGGCGUGCUCUGGUCCAUGGGGUCACGAAGAGUCGGACAGGGGAAAGCAACUGGUUCAGUUGCACUAGGCGCAGAGCUUGGGGGUCACUGCAGGGGGUGCCACAACUAUGAUAUAGAAUGGAAAGCGACAGGCGGGGGUGAAGACUUUUGGUGUCACACAGGGCACCACUGAAACCUGAGACCUCGAGGUCCGUCACUGCUUUGACCUUGCUUGAGCAUUCUGAAAAGCCACUCUUCCUGCUGUAUUCAGAUGCAGCCCUGUGCACAGUGCAUUCCAUUGUCCUUCCUGCUUUCCACUUGCACAUCAACAUUUAAACAGGAGCAACAACAAAAGGUUGCAGUGUGGAAUGCUCUUGUUCACUGUUCCUGUGAGUCAACCAUGCCUCCUCUGUGGUACUCCAUUCCAUCCCUCCUCCCACUGAUUUCCCCGCCCUCCCCUAUAAUCAGUAUUCUGUGACCUCUGUGCACAAUCAGUCCUCUCUGGACAGGUUUUUAAAGAUGUACUUUCCCAUUUUCAUUCCGCCCUCCCCCUUUUAACCACUGCAAACUUUAGGAUUUCCUCCAGUCUGCUGACAGGCCCCUUCUGUGCAGUGCCAUGUGGCUCCGUAAGAAUCCAUGCUCACUUCUGAACUUUGAAAACAGAGGAAACAAGUGGAUUUAUCAUGUGACAUGGGGCAGGAGAGAAACACAACUCAAUUAUUUAUUUUCAUUUUGCAUCUGCCCUGGGGCACAAUUCAGCCAAAUUUAAGUUGCUGCUGCUGCCAUUUAAAAAACAUCCUUAGUUAUUUCAGCAGGAGAGAGCUUGUGCUUAAUUCUCUCACUAGAAAUAAUGUCAGCUAAGAUGCUUAACUGGGUUGUGGCGAUAUGCUUAUUAUAUGGUUUAACAGUGCCAUCCUAGCCAUGUCUACUCAGAAGUAAGUCCUUUUGAAUUCAGUGGGAUUUAUUCCCAGGCAAAUGGAGUAAGCAGGCAGCAUGACCAAUUGAGUUUUUUAAAAAUUGAAUUUUAGUCCAACUAGACCUGGAGAGUCACAGGUUUCCCUGCCGUUUUCUUCCAUUUCUUUUACAUUCCAUUGCCAUUUAAUUCUACUGUUCCUGUUUUCCCCUUUUACAUAUAUGUUUUCUCUUUAUAUCCAUAUAUGCCUGACAACUGAGGACCACACUCCAUACAUCUGAAGUGGGCUCUAGUCCAUGAGAGCCUAUCCCAUAAUAAAAUUGGUUGGUCUUUAAAUUGUGACAAAUUUUCUUUACUUCUCCAUUUUCAAAGACCAAAUACAUCAACCUGAUUUGUUAGUAGUUUUGUUCCACCUCUCAAAAUGGAUUGUCCAAAUGUCAAAGGAUGUAGCAGAUGCUGUUUGAAAUACAAUUACUUCAUUAUUUACAAGUUCAAAGAGAUUUAACCACCAGAAAUUUCUCCUAGCUUCCUCCAUAGGUAUAAUUUUUCCAACUUCUUCUUUUGAAAAAGCAUUUCAAGUUUCAUGUCAGAUAAUGGGAUUUGCAGCCAUACAUAAGAAAUGGGAAUGGAUAUAAAGAUCCAAGUUUUUGAAAGCAGGAAAUUUUAAUCCUUUGUAAUCCUACAGAGAGCCAAAUUUUGUAUGCUACUCAGUUUCACUUUUUAUAACAAUAGGGACUACAAAAUAUUAUGCCCACAACUCCUGUGUCUUUUAUACAAGAAUAAUGCAAGCUGGAAAAAAUAUGCCUAAGAAUACCCUUAUAGGGGGGAAAAAAUGUGUCAGGAUGCUGGCAGUAGUUUAAACUCCAUUGUUGUUAACUAGAAAAAGACAUAAUUUAAUCACUUGCUCUCUAGUCAAUCCCUGUUUGCCAUUUGCUAGCAGAUGGAAAUUUAAUCAACCCCAGCAUUUAGUAUAGCAGAAGACCUUGGCAGCAUGCAGUAUCUCAGCAUGCCUUGUCUAAUCUAGAAUGGUGGUGUUCCAGAGAGAGUUUUAUAUUCUUUUUUGCAUAAAUAAAAUCAAUUUAAUUCUUGUUGGCCUCUAGAGGUCACAAAUGUAACAGGAUCUGAUCUUUUUCCACUCAUUUCCAAAACAAAGGAAAGAUUAUUGUAUUUAGCAGGGCAUCACAUUGUGUUUAGAAGAUAUUUUGGUAUGUUUAGCUCUCCAGAAGUUGUCAGGCACCCAUUUUCCCUCAUCAUUGGCCAUGCUAGCUAGGGGUGAUGGGAACUGUAGUCCAACAACAACUGAAGGGCCACAGAUGUCCCAGCCCUGAUUUAGUAAAACAGCACCAGUAUUUGAUAAAUUUUCACAUGAAGGUGAACUGAAUGCCUAUUUACCUGGUAGGAACUCACUGGGGCUUACACCUGAGUAGAUAUAGAUAGCAUUGCACUAGCAAUCUGAUAUUUUUAAUGUUUAUAACUCACUUUCCCGGACCAAAUCCACCCAAGGCAGAAACCAACAAUGUAACAAUAAAAUGCAAUGCGAAACAAUAAUGUGAUAUAGUGUAACAUGUGUGGUCAAAGUUAUACAACAAGAAAAUGCCCUUAGAAGUAAAAUGAAAAUGGUCAAGGGGCAGCCCUGUUUCAGCCUGGCCAGUUGAAUGAUUCACUUUGACACAAACACUUUAGUUAUGCCAGCUUGACUAUAUAAAAUGUUUUAUUACUCCAGCUCCAAUUCUUCUGCUACUUCUCAUCUGCAGUAGACUGAAGGACAUGCAAAAUUGCCAAAUGAACCGAAAACAAUUUAACUAUCUCUGCUGAGUAUCCCACUGGACUUGUUUAUGGGCAGGAGGGGAAAGCAAAGAGAAAACAGAACAGUUUCAGAGGAAUGAUGAAUCUUAUUUGUCAAUUAUCCAGGGAUGUUCUUGUAGAUUUAUGGCUUUGAAUGAAAUAGCUUACAGUAACUAGCAUUAGUGAAAUGUGGAAAGCCUUGAUGCAUUAGCAAUGGAUUGGCAGUUUAGAGGCUUCACAGUAGUAAGCACAUUACGCCACUUGCUCAUGAAGCUUGUGCUAGUACUUAGAAAGCUAAAUAACAAACCAAGGAUGACUUCUUUGUUUAUUCAAUUUUAUCUGUUUCUGUCAGUAAUCCAAGCUGACGCACAUUGACUCCAUUCCAUUACCACCACCCCAGUCUUUAGCAUUCGAUGCCCUUGCACUAUGCUUGGUCCUCAUUGGGUACCGCUAUUUUGCCUACAUUAGGAGUGGUAUUUUGAAAACUGAGUUUGGUGAAUAGUGACUUGAAGCUCUACUACAUAAUACUGUCUUGAGAAAUUGAAACACUCCCCCAUUGUUUUCAGGGCACUGCCAUUUUAAAUAACUAGUUUGAUCCCAGAGAAAGACUUCAACCCCAUGGAGUCGGGAUUCAUUAGCAAAUUUGACACCUUGGCAUCGGUCUCAACAAAUCCUAGGACUUGCCAAAGUCACUGAAGGAGGUAAUUGUCUCUCUAUUUACACUUUUAUUCUUGCUAUGCCCAUUAAUCACCAGCACUCUCUAGGCAAGAGUGACUUACACCUGACUAGGCAGAUCUGGUGUUUGACUGAAUUCUCUGCUUGUCCGGGCUCAGCAUAGUACUAUGGCACACCCAUGUUUAUCUCUAGCAUUGAUUGAAAUGCCAGAUCUGUUUUGUAAGCAAACCACUCUGUACUCAGAGUGCAUAUAUACUGUACCUACCCAUGUACCUACCCACUUCAUGUAUCUUCAUCCCCUUAGAUACCACAAGACUUGUAUUUGAUACAACACACUAUCACGGCUACUCUUUGGAGGCUAAGGAACACCUUCCCUUCAUAAACGAAUACAAAAGACAAUUAGAUGCCCUUGGCUACCACUACACAGGCUGGCUACCACCCCAAAGGAGCUUGAGCCACAAUUGACAAGACCUUCUAUAGGCCUCCCCAUUUAUGUUAGGACCCAAAUGUCAUGAAAGCUGGGGGAUGCUAGCUGCCAUGAGAAUUCCCUGCUUCAAGUCUCAUGUUGUCUGGGAGUCCCCUGGAAGUCUUCCAGGAACUGUGCGAUCAGAAUGUCUUCCAGGAAUGCAGGAAGACACUGUCACCUUCAUUGGCCACUGUAACUCUUCCCUUCCCUAGCUGGCAGUGUCACAGAAAAGGGGCUCUGUCUCCUGAGUACACAGAGGUAGAUAUCAAGUGGAACUGGGUCAAUUCAGGGCUGGAUUUAGAUUUGAUGAGGCCCUAAGCUACUGAAGGUAAUGGGGCCCUUUAUAUAUCCAGCUAUCCUUUUUCAGCAACAAAUUGUUGCUGUUUUUUGUGUUGAAUAUAUGCUAAGUGGUAAUUUAUGGACCUAAUAGGUAUCUAAAGCCAUUUGCACAUAACAAAAUAUGUAUUUUAUCAAAGUAAUUGAUACAGAAAUGAGCAAACCGGUGAUAUUUUAGGGAGCAGGCUAGCAGACGGGGCCCAUUACUUACAUCAUAGGAGCCUACACAACACAAAACACUGUUGCUGUAUGUAGGUUUUAUUUUAUUUGUUUUUUAUCAUAUUUUGGAAAUGUACAUCCAUUUUUUUUCCUUUAAUUUUUUGGGGGCCCCCCAAGAGAGUGAGGCCCUAAGCUAUAGCUUGUUUAGCUUAUAUUUAAAUCCAGCACCGGGUCAAUUCACAUUGAUGUGAGACUGAGGCCAGUUGCGUGGUAGGUGAAUUUGGGGGCAAAGGAUUGACAAAGAAAACCUCUUGACUGUUAGCUUGCCAAGUGACACAGGGCAAUGGCCACUUACACUUGCUAGCAAACCUAUGAAUUUCAGAACAUACAGAAAAGUGGGAUGGGGACAUUUUAAAACAUUGAGUUAAAAUAGAGGUAUCGCUGGCAAGCAGGGAUACUUUGCUACAGUGGCAACAUGUGUGGUACCCUUCAGAUGUUUUGAACUCCAACUCCAUUUAUCCCUAACAACGAUUGCCUAUGGAAGCUUUAGACCAGCAACGUUUGGUAGGGACUGCAUCAGCCACCCCUGUUUUAGAAAUUAGCAUGCUUAUGAUGUCAGUAAAGGUAUAUCAAGUAUCUGUUUCUAGCUGGAUUUGGAGUCCUGUCCCCCACAAUUUAUCAGUCUCAGAUUUGAUGUGGAACCUACUCUAGAUAGUUCCCUUUUCUGCAAGAGAAGAACUGAGUAUUUUAUUACUGUCUCAUAUCCUCCAGGGGUUCAUUUAUGGAACCUAAAAAAUGUGUCAAAACAUUCAGUUGGUAAAUCCUUAAGGUAACAAGAUCCAAAGAUGUUCUAAGUUGUUGGGAUUUUUUUUUGUUCUCUGAAAACCCAUUUCUGUAUGCAUAAACAAAGAUAUCAACUGGAAAGAUUUUUUAAACUAUUAAGUAGAUGUAUAUUCAAAGUACUACAUUCAUCUGUGGUUUAAUAAAUAACUACAGAUCUCAUUUCAGUAUUCUCUCUGAUCAGUCAUAUGAAAUAGCAUGAUUCGUAAGUAACAAGUUCAGACAGCUGUGGUUUUGUUGAGCAGAACACUGUGGAGAUUCACUACAUGAAGUUAGGUAAGCCUUUCUCUUUCAGUAAUAUAACUAAUGGUCCAAAUGCUUGCCCUUUCUUUUUCCAAGAAACCACUUCCAGGAAAAUGUUUCCUCUGCUUUUAAAAUGAAAAACAGAUACAGCAAAAAAAUGUAACUUAGAAAUAAUAGGCUGACUGGCACCAGGUACUGUAGGAAUUAAAUAUAUUCACUUGACUUAAAAAUUGGCUUAUUUAUUAUUAGCUGCUGUCCAAAAAUACUCUGGAAAUGAUUGCUGAUGUUAAAUAGAAAAGUAUUAAACAGUUUAUCACUGUCAGAGCAAUUCAGUUUAGACAUCCUCGCUAUGAAAGUACUCCUCCUGCCAGGGAAAUAUCUGUCAUAAUAUACAUGGGAAACAAUAGUUUUUAAUGAUCGGAGGAAGGGCAGAGAAAGUAGUACAGGAAUGUUCCAUAGAUUUUUCCAUUGCAUUUUUGCAUUCCAAUUGUUUUCUUUGCCAUAGUAUUAAAGAUAAUGUCACUGAAUUUUGUCCAGAUGUGCUUGUAUACUUUUACUUCUGGAUGCGUGCAGGUGAACAAGAGCCUCUGUUUACAUGAGUGGGGAAUCCUAACAUUUGUUAGCCACACACAUCAUUUUCAGUCUCACUGUUUGGAUCACAACUUGCAGUAAGUUCUCACUCACCAAAAACCUGAUCUAUCUUUCUUUCUUUCUUUCUUUCUUUCUUUCUUUCUUUCUUUCUUUUUGUACAGUUGAUUACUGUGAGGUUGUAUUUAAUUAUUAAAGUGCAAGGUACUUUAAUGAUGAAGAUGAAAUUGAGGACAAGGGCUAAUCUUUCAGCUUUGAACCCAUAAACUGGUAGUUUUCUCUGAACAGCUGAAUUGGUUAAAUAAGCCUUCUGUAAUGAUCAUGGAAAAUGGUGCUAUCUGGCUCCUUUCCCCAGUCCUGGGAGUUAGGAUGUGUUUCCGAGAAGCUCUGUUCAGCUCGAACUCUGUACAUUCCCUGGAACUUAGUGUGUGAUUUGGCUUUAUUCUGAGCAACAAGCUGUCACUGCAGUAAAUAGGGAGAGCCCCUAUGGUAUAACUUUCAGCACUUAUCAGAUAUAAACAUGAGGUUAGGAGACUGCCUUAUCGAUUCCCUGAAGUCUAUUGCCAUUCCUGCAAUGCUUCUAAUUCAACCAUUAAUCAUCCCUGCAGUAAAAAGAAGCUUUACAUUUGCUUUGUACAAAAUCUUCUAAAAAUGAAUAAAUUAAAAAGGACAUCCAUUCAAUAGUUUUCUGUACUUCGACUUAGGAAAAACAAUUUAUGUAGCUUUUACACAAUGCCCAAGUGAAAUUUGGUUAGUAUCAAAAUCAUAAGACAAGUGCUUAUGAAGUAGCAACAGUAAAAUACAAAUGUUUUGGAAAAAAGGAAGCAUCUUAUCAUGCUGACGAUAAGUUAACAUUGUAUAUUUAUUAGGGAGAUUUUUUCAAUUGACUGAAACACCAUUUAUUCAUCAGCAAGCAGUUCCACAUCUCUCUUUUUUUAAUGAAAUGACUUCAUGCUUCCCUCAGGUUUAAUCAUUUAAAGUAUACUGAGAAAACCAGAGUGUAAAAUAUCCCAGCUUGACUUUCAUAACUUGUCUUCAUUGUACUUUUGUUUCCUCUUCCUACUGAAGUAAUUGCCUUCUCCCUAAUGAUCAAAUGCAUUAUGUGAUUUCAAGGAUAGUUCUGAAUAUACAGUGGAAAUGUUUAUUCUUACACAUGCGUUUUAGAGAUCCGGGACAGUAUGUGCCUAGGAAAAUAUUCUUUUUGGGGAAAAGCCACAACAGCACAUACAUUUCCCUAUAUCUAUAACUUACUUUCACACAUCUCAAAAAAGUAGGAACUGAAAAUGGAAUCUACAUGGGUGGUUUAUGACUCAGCCCUGGAUUUAGGACGUAUUGUAAAAAGCCUCACUGCGGCUGUUACACAAGCAAAAUACACUGAUAAUUUAUUUCCUUGAUCUAUAGUUUUAUGAGAACUAGCUCACAAAAUGUCUAAAAUAAAAGUAAAAUACAUAGCUCAUACUCGCUUGGUUUCCAUUAAUAUCAGCCAAACUUCUUUUAUGUAUGUAUACCUUAGAAGACUAUAAAUUAUCUUUGAGUAAUGUGGAUUUUAAAAAUUACUUAAAAUAUGAGCAAUAAUGUUUGUGCAUAUACAGUGCUGACUUCAAAACAGUUGAGAAUAUGAUGCAAUUUUCUGGUGUGGAUUAGAAAUCUCAUUUAUUGUUAUUAAUGAAAUUUCCAUACUGUCAUUCAUCCGAGGAUCACAGGGUGCUUUACUAUUAAAACACAAAAAUACAUACCAUAGUAACAAACAAAAACAAUAAUCUCCACCAUUUAAAAAGGCCAUAGAUUGUUUAAUUAGCCACACACACACAUUUUUUGUAAAGUGUAUGUGUGUGAAGUAAAGGGAUUUCUAAACUGAAUGCUGCUGGCCUGAAAGGAUUUGUCCAUUUUGAUUCUCUAUCAUUUUCCCAAUCUUAUAUUCAGUUCUCCACAUAUCUGCAGCAAUUUGCAUUUUUUAUUAUUUUUUUAAAAAUCCCUAUGAAAUUUAAUCAGGAUUUUAGUGCAAAUUUCUCCCGAUAAACACAUUUUAUAUGCAGUUUUGACUGAUUUACACAUUUUUUCAGGCAAUUUCCCCAUAUACAAUGCACUUGUAUAUUUUUCCCCCACUUUCUCUAAUAUAUGCAUUUUUGUAAACAUCAGUUGGAGUACAAAAGCACAAAAUUAGAUAAGUGCAAAACUGUUCUGAUUCGCAUAUCGUUUCAUAAAGUGUGGAUUUGAUAGAUUCACCUUUGAAUGCGAAUCUAAACUUCUUCCCCAUCCCUGCUUCCCAGUUACCAUCCAGAGAUGCUGAACUUUAUAAGAUCCAUCUUUUCUGAACAGGCUUGCUCAACUUCUUGACUAUUACAAAAAUUACGCAGAUAUGAUUGUGGAUUAUUGCCAAGGUGCUAUUGAAGCUAAUACUUGCAUGCUGUGAAAAUCAUCAAGAAAAGGAAAGUCAUUUCACUCCAUAUGUACUGCCAAACUCUUUAAAGAUGUUGGCAGCUAUCAAACUAGUCUUAUUGUUUGUCUUUUGUUGCUGGGGUGAAGUCAGCUGUAGGGCCUGAACCUUGAAGAUGCCAGUCAGUAAUUCAGCCUGUGUUCAACCAUUGAGCUUUGGUCAAUGCUGAGAUUUGCAAGAUAACUAGCGACAUCUACCAGAAUUACUUUGUCCCUGAAAGUCAUGUGCUACUUGGAUAAAGACAAGAACUUCCAGGCAAGAUCUCCUCCUUUGGUCUGAGCACUAAAGGGCCUCUGCUUGCUAAUGAUCUUCAGAGACCAUCUUGCCCAGCCUCAUUUCAGAAGAACAUAAGACGAGCCCUGGUGGAUCAUAUAAAAGGUCCAUCUAAUCCAUGUUCCUGUUCUCACAGUGGCCAAGUAGAUGUCAGGGCAAGCCCGCAAGAUGGACAUGAACACAACAGCACUCUUCCCAGUUGCACUUCCAAGCAACUAGUAUUAAGAGGCAUACUGCCUCCCCUAUUUGUAGUAGCACAAAGGCAUCAUGAGUAGUAACUAUUGACAGCCUUUAUCCUCUCUGAAUUUUUCUAAACCCUUUUCAUAGAUGUCCAAACUGGUGACCGUCACCACAUCCUGUGGUGCCAAAUUCCAUACAGUGGUACCUCGGGUUACAUACGCUUCAGGUUACAGACUCCGCUAACCCAGAAAUAGUACCUUGGGUUAAGAACUUUGCUUCAGGAUGAGAACAGAAAUCGCACGGCGGCGGCGCAAGACCCCAUUAGCUAAAGUGGUGCCUCAGGUUAAGAACAGUUUCAGGUUAAGAAUGGACCUCCAGAACGAAUUAAGUUCUUAACCCGAGGUACCACUGUAUUUUUAACUAUGCACUGUGUCAAGAAGUACAGUCAUACCUUGGUUCUUGAACAGAAUGCGUUCCGGGAGUCUGUUCGACUUCCGAAACCAUUUGAAAACCAAAGCGCAGCUUCCAAUUAGUUGCAGGAGCAUCCUGCAGCCAAUCAGAAGCUGUAGAAGCCACACAGGACGUUCGGCUUCUGAAAACCGUUCGAAAACUGGAACACUCACUUCUGGUUUUCGAUUGUUUGGAGCUGAAAUGUACGAGUUCCAAGGCGUUCAGGAAUCAAGGUAUUUCAUCAUCAAUCUUUAUUACGGUCCAGAGACCCAACAAAUCAUUACAAAGCAAUACACAAUUCAUACAGCCUACCUCCAGGUUAAACAAACAUUUUGUUCAGAAUAUAGGGAUCAUUUGUUCUUGCAACCAUCGAUAAAAACUUUGCCACUGCUAAUGUGGUAUUUCUUUUUAUCUAUCCUGAACAGUAUACAACUUCAUUGGAUGUCCUCCAGGUUCUAGUAUUAUGGGAGAAGGGGGGGAGUCUCUUUGCCCACUUUCUCUACACCAUAUAUAAUUGUAUACACUUCUAUAAUGUUCCCCUUAUUCACUUCUUUCCAAACUAACCCCCACCCCAAGUGUUGUAAACUUUCCCCAGAAAGGAGUUGCUUGAGUGGUUUCCCUAUUGGGUUGUAUAAUGGCAUUAUGAUACUGGAAGCUUUAUUUUCAACCCCUUUCCGAAUGAUCCCUAACAUAUAAUUUGCCUUCCCAUAGCUGCCACAGCCUGUAUUGACAUUGACUAUGAUCCAAAUAUACAUUUCCUGGCCACUUCAGGCUUUGCUACCAUACAGAAUCUUUGGCUUUUUUGACCAGAUUUUGACACAUUGCAUUUCCUAAGAACUUGAAUGAAGAAAAGACAGGCCAAUAAAAUUGGGGUGGGGUGGGGAUUUUGCAAUACAUCUGAAAAUGUUUAGGACAGGCCUAUUGGCAGAAAUGUUAUGGUGCAAGAGGCUACAGGUACAUUGGGGGCAGACAUAAUCAGUCAAAGUGAAAAAGCAUAUAUGCACAAGUAUAUUUAAAAUUGCUUAAUUUAUUCGUUCAAACUGAAUGACAUUUAAAGUACCAUGUAGUACUCAAUUGCUUAUCUAGGCAUUAGAUUCCAGGGUGACCACUUGCAGAGUUCAAAUAUCUUAUUAAUAUAUUUGAAAAGGUCUAGGACCAGACCACAUAUGAAUUUGCCUAGUUGUUGAGACCAUCUAGGGAAAACCAACUCUGGGUCUGUGAACCUUUUAGUUGGUUUUUGGUUUACCAAACUAAAGUUCAUCCAAAUAAUUUUGACUCAGAUCUUCCCAAAUUGUCAACAUAUUCAAACUAAACACAGAUCUAAAAAAAGGGGGGGAUCUCACCACAGCUGAAUAAAAAUUUCCAGUAAGAAAAAACUUCACAGUUAAGUAAAAGCCCAGUUAUUUCUGUAAGUACAUUUAUGUAAGUAUAGUACUUAUUUCAUAACAGAAGUCGUGUCUCAGAAAUGGCCAUCAUAGUGAUGCUUUCUCUAAUUUAUUAAAAACCGUCCCCUCUAAAUUGGCUUUCAGUGUUUUCUGGUGAUCCAAACUAUUAGGAAAUAAUUCUGUGCUCUUUGUUGUGCUGCCUUCUAAUCAGUUACAGUUUCAGACAUUGCAUCUUUGCCAUCAGCAAAAGCAAAUUGCAAUUCCACCCUAAAAGGAUGCUUUUUCCUUGGUAAAAAAAAUCUUUGCACAUCUUUCAUUUCCCCCAAAUAUUCAAGAGAAUCUUGAAUUUCAACCACUGUCCAUAAUGUUGCAGUAUUAACAAAUAUUUUCCAUUGCAAUGACAAAGCUUUAGAAAGCCUUGCACUCUGCUGACCUAUUUAACAAAAAACAAAACAAGUUUUCAGUUUAGUUUCUUUACUUUUUUAAAGGGUGGAGAAGUCACGGUAUGUUUAAGCUGGGGAAAAUCCUCCAAGGAGAAUAUCAGUUAUGUGUUUUUAAAACUGGCCUGAAAAACAAUAGUUUAUCUCCUUCACUACAAAACUGCAAGGCAGAAAUGUGAACUACUAUCCGCCAAUGUUUAAAUUUGCCUAUAUAAUGUAUACACUUAAUAUUGGUGGGUCUGAUACUAUGGAAGGGUAGUGGAAUAAGUGCCAAGAGGAUAGAAACAACAAGGAAGCAGAAGAUGAGCUGAAUCUCCCACUGAAAUCGGCGGGAAACAAAGACAAAUGGAAACAAUGCCAAUGAACAAUAUUAGAUAGGAAACGAAUGUGAUUAAAAAGUUUUAAAACCCCAGUUAAACAGAUGGUCAGGAAGAGAGUAAGACAAGGAGAUGCUCUGGUACUUUGCCCCAUUCCUGACCCAGAGGAGAGUUCAAUCCUUCAGGAUUCUGUUCCAUUGCAAGCACUUUACUUGCAGGGAAGUCCCCCCAGAAGCCUUCAAGAUCAAAAACCUUCACAUACCAGCUGUUGUGCUGAGGAUCCAGUCCUUUGGGGUGCUGCUUCAGGUGGUAGGGCAUGAGGAGAGAGAGGCCAGGUGGGGAAACUGCUGGAAAAGGAGCAUCUUACAGUCCACAUCCAAAGGCACCCCCCCAUCUCUACCUUCUCCUGGGAAGACACAACCAGUUAGGUAAGCUUCUACUACUCUUUUGCUUUUUGUUGCUUCUCCUGCUUCCUGUCCAACACCUACCUCUCCUUUCUGACCAAUGUGCCACUUCCAGACACCUCUGGAUUACUUUGGGCUGCCUGACCCAACCUGUGGGGCUAUUUCAAACAGACUCUAGCAAUUCCUGGUCUCCCCCUGAAUUGGCUCGAUUAAGUUUGGGACUCAGGCUUCAGUUGGAUCAGGUGCACUGUCCUCGCUUUAACAUAUAAGCACCAGAGAGCGUUAGGUGAGCAAAGUUUGGCUAUGUCCAAAUGUUAUUAUGCUCUGAUUUAAGUACAAGUGGAAUGCGCAGUGGAGAACUAUGAGAUAAUUCAUAGCAAGGGAUUGAGUUAAAAUUGUAUGUCUGGGAAAAAGCAGCUAGUGUUCAUAAUGCUAUUUCCAGCUGAAGAUUUGAGAUGGCAUUCUAUGACAAAUGGAUGAGCAAAGACAGAAAGAUGACAACUGGUUUUAUCUGAAAUUUAAUUGUUUUAAGGAGGUUUCCUCCCCCAUCUCCAAACAGCAGGUUCUCAUUCUCAUAAGCUUACCACUUCUCUUUAAACAAAAAAAACUGUUGUUUGAAAUGUGCCCAUUUUAUAAUUCAGCCUUGUAGUACACCAUGCUUAACAUAAAUAAGGAUUCUUCCAGCUAUUUAAUGACAUAUUUUUGGAAAACACCAACAUGUGCCUUGCAGAUUUGUGAUCUGCAAAAAUUCCCUUCCAUGCCAGCGCUCUGGAGAUCAUGUUAUUGGUCAUGGUUCAAGACUUCCAGUUCUCUCAAUUUCUUUACCUGUUUCAGCAGAAACAAAGAAUCUGAAAGAAUAAUUAAACCAAACUUGGAAACGGAUAUCAACAGCCUUAUCAGUUGUGCUGUUCAACAUAGUACGGUUAGGCUUCUUAUUACAAAUAUUUUCAAACCACAAAUGAAAUCACCUUAACUGAGCAAACAAAAAUGAGUGUGGCGUUAAAACUACAGCACUUUGAAGACAAUGGGUGUCUGUUAUUCAAAUAAUUUCUGUGUUAAGAUCAUGAAAGCUUGUGACCUCUUUCCCUUUAGGUACUUUCCAGAGGAUUUAAAAAUAAUAAUACUACAUGUUGCUCAUAACACACUGCCAUCAAGUACUUACAUUUUUAUGAGGAAAAAAGGUCAAUGAAAGAGCAGCUUAUGGGGAAGAAGACUUUCUUUCUCAUCAUUAAUGAUGUUACAAGUGCUAACCAAAAGGACCUUUUAGUACUUGCUUGGUCACACAGUGCACAGAUACAGUCGUACCUCAGAAGUCGAAUGGAAUUCGUUCCAGAAGUCGUUUCGACUUCCAAAGCGUUCGGGAACCAAGGCGCGGCUUCCGAUUGGCUGCUGGAAGUUCCUGCAGCCAGUCAGAAGCCACAGAAGCCACGACAGACAUUCGGGUUCCGAAGAACGUUUGCAAACCAGAACACUCACUUCUGGGUUUGCAGCAUCUGGGAGCCAAAACGUUCGACCUGCAAGGUGUUUGACUUCCAAGGUACGACUGUAUAGCAUUUAUACAACAAUUACAUUAGAUUAGUCAAAUGUGCUGUAUGUGGGUGUCAGGGAACUGCCAUUGGCUCAGGGGCGAGAGGGGGAAAAGGCGGAUGGAUUACAGAGAGCCCCUAAAGAUUGUGGGAAGCAGCACUUCCUCAGCGGAGGAAAGAAACCACGCCUCUAGUGGGGAGGAGAUGCAGGGCUCGGAGGAUGCAAGGCGGUGCCAGGACACCUUGCCUGAGCAAAGCGGGGAGGAGAGAGGUCCCCCGUUACCCACGCCUUCCUUGCGCAGUAAGCUUUUGCGCAGAGAGGGGAGGCGCAGACUGGGCGUCAAGAAACUACUCUGCUGGGGAAGGUUUAAGGACCGCCCACUCUCAGAUUCUGCCAGUGAAUGAGCAAGACAUGGAAUAGAGGCACUCUGCAUUGUAAAGGUUUUGUUUGCACUAAUAAGAAAGCUUUAGAACAGACUAGUGAGGCAUAUUGCCUGAUUGCUCUCAAACAACCACCUGAUACCCUUAACAGUGGGGCUGCCUUUAAGACUGACCUGGAAGCUGCAAUUAGUGCAAAAUGUGGUGGCUUGACUACUCACUGGGGUGGACUAUUGCUGCUGAAAGAAUAGCACCAGCUGCCAACUAGCUACUGGGAUAGAGAUUCAAGGUGUAAGAAGGUAUACUGGUAUACAAAAGCAGAGAGCUUGGAACCAAAACACCCAAAAUAUUAUCUUAUCCCCUACAUACCCAACUGAGCAACACAUUCUACAGGAGACAGCAUCCUGCAGAUACCAUCCUACCAGAGGUCCAUUCUGUAUGGUCAGAAUGGAAUCUUAAGUGUGACAGCACCUACCUUUUGGAACUCCCUCCAAUUAUAUAUAUCGGAGAGGCUCUUUCCCUAUUUUGUAUCUGCUACUGACAUUCCUCUUUCAACAAGCCUUCUACAUGAAGCUCUUUAUCCCAGUUAUUGUCUGUAUUGGACUUUAAUAGAUUUUAUAUAUGUGCUGUCGUUGCUUUAAACUUUCUCUCUCUCUCUGUUUUAUAGAUGCAAUUGUUCAAAUUGAUUUUAUCUAUGUAACAGCAUAUAUAGCACACACAUAUAUGCUAUUAUAUUGUAAGUCGCUUUGGGAUGCCUCAUGGUAAGCAAUUCAUAAAUGAAACAAAUAAUAAUGAUAUUCUGUCCCUAGUAAUAGAAGAGUGGUUAUUGCAGAGGACGUAUGUUUGGAACCGGAAGUAUAAAACCCAAAGGAGGACCUCUUGUAGUACAAACUCGCUGAGGACCUCUGUGAUUUGGCUUUGGGAGUUUUCUAAGUCAACUGGGAAAGCAUGGGGGUGGGAAGACUGAAAAUUUGUUCCUGGAGCCUAGCUGAGUGCUCAGAACACACCACAUCGUAUCCAAUAAUAGUCUGGCCAGGUACCGUAUUUUUCGCUCUAUAAGACGCACCAGACCAUAAGACGCACUUAAUUUUUGGAGAAGGAAAACAAGGAAAAAGGUAUUCUGAAUCCCAGAAGCCAGAACAGCAAGAGGGAUCGCUAAGCAGUGAAAGCAGCAAUCCCUCUUGCUGUUCUGGCUUCUGGGAUAGCUGCGCAGCCUGCAUUCGCUCCAUAAGACGCACACACAUUUCCCCUUACUUUUUAGGAGGGAAAAAGUGAGUCUUAUAGAGCAAAAAAUACGGUAAUUCACAGCAACCGAUGACUGUUUGAGAGCAAAGGCUUAACAUUAAAGAAGUUCUGUGGAUCUGCCUACAAAGCAGUGCGGCCAGCUUGACAGCACAUGUGCGGAACCCUAUAUGCUGAGCUGGGGAAGAAUUUCUGGAGAAAAUGGCAAUUUAUAAUUCAACCAGGCAUUAUGAGCUAGACAAAUUUGUUUUCCAAAUGAACUUUAUCAACUCCAGCUCUAGCUCAAGCGCUAAGUUGUAAAUAUUAUUUUUUUUUAAAAAAAAUGCAGUAAAUUUAUGCAUGCACUAAAAUUAUACUCAUUUUCAUAAAGGAAGGAAAAUGGAAAACUGUGAUUUGAUGAAGUGCAAUUUAUAUAAUAAAAUAACCCAUCAUGUGUAAGAAGUGUAAGAAGGGCCGAUAUAAUAUCCUGUGAUAUUCUUUCACAACCAUGUGUUUGUUUAUAUGUUGCAAUGUAGUUAGGCAUCUGUGAAGAAUUUUUCAUAUGAAUAACUGGGGGGAAACACACAUCUGUAACACAGACUAUAUAAAGUAUUUGGUAUAUCAGCAGGCAGGACAAUGAACAGUCGGGAAGGGGAAAGAGAAAUGGCAACAGGUGCCAGGCAGUGGCGGGGCUAGCUGCUCAGGUACCCAGAGUGCCGUGUGUACCCUCCGCCCAGGGGUGGGGCAAGCCACCCAUUGGGCGGGGUGUCCUGGGGCAGGGUGCACUGCAUCAAGCCUCACCACUGCCCCCCCCCAGCUGUAGGAUGGCUGAGGGAGAGGUGGCGGGCGGAUGCAAACCCCAUGCUGCCAUUUUGGGCAGCGUGGGGCCUGCAGCUACCUGAGCCACAGGUUACUCCCAGGAGAGACAUGUGGCUUGGGCAUGCUGCAGGCGCCGCAGUAAGUGCUGCCCCCCCAUGGUGUGGCACCCAUUGUCCCCCACCCACCCGCCCCCUAGCUAUGCCUUUGCUCUUGAUUGAUUCCAGCAAUAUAGUUAAUUGUUCUGUUAGGCAUUCAUUUUGGGCUGAUUGCUUCUAUGAAUUGACCUGACAGUUAAAAAUGCCCUCACGUAGCCCAUAGUCACUUUGUCACCCCCUUAGUGAUGACACCCGGGGCAACCCCCACCCACCGCAACCCCCUUCCUAAGCCAUUGGUGCCAGGGAACAGUUGCCAGGGACAAGGAGGCAGGGAAGAAAAUGAUGCUUGGAAAGGGGUAAUGGAAAAACUAGGUGGGAAAAAGAGUUUUCUCUCUCUAAAGUAGAGUGACUAGACAGCUUUAGAGUUGAAAGACUGCUUCUGAAAUCCACCUGAUCACUGUGGGGCAGAAUGCCUAUGAGGACAAGCGAGAGUGGGGCAUCCUGCUUAUGUGAAAGUUCCAAUCGCAGCCAGCAAUUGAAGUAUAUUGUUGCAUGCCACCCCAAUCUCCAAGUGAUAUGAGAUUCCAGGGGUUCCAGGCGUUUACCCAGGGUUUGGUUUCCUUCAGAAUGAGGCACAGCAGAGGCUGUGGUGUCAUUAUGAUACAUGGUUUAUUUGCACAUACAGUGGUACCUCAGGUUACAUACGCUUCAGGUUACAUACGCUUCAGGUUACAGACUCCGCUAACCCAGAAAUAGUACCUCGGGUUAAGAACUUUGCUUCAGGAUGAGAACAGAAAUCGUGCUCCGGCAGCGCAGCAGCAGCAGGAGGCCCCAUUAGCUAAAGUGGUGCUUCAUAUUAAGAACCGUUUCAGGUUAAGUACGGACCUCCGGAACGAAUUAAGUACUUAACCUGAGGUACCACUGUAUAUACAACCUGAGCCUAUGAUGGAGGGGCUCACAGCAUUAACACCCCAAGAAGGUUGUGCUUCUCCCAUAGCCACAACCUUGGAUUCAAGCAGAGGUUAGGCAUGGCUCUGUCUCCAAGCUGCCCAACCUGCAGCCUUGCUUCUCGCUUCAACUUCGCAUACACAUUAACUCUGGCCUUUGUCUUUCUAACUGAUGGUUUAAGGAGGGAAGCCCACCCUUUUGGCUUCUGGUACAGAGCCACUUCCUUUGUUACAUUAAUGACCCAUACUGGGGGAGUGGAGGCAUGAUCAAGAAACAUGUCUGGCUAGUCCAGCAAUUGAAUCCUUGUUGGAUCCAGGAAUUGGGAAGGACUCAGGGAUACAGCCUAACCGCCACCCCAACCCCUAUAAUACUACCUCCCUACAAGAGCAAGAUAAAUGUCUCCAGAUGUACAAACAACCAGUUUGCUAGUUUCCUAUGGUAGCGUACAGGACAAAAAUCUUCUGGUUUUCAAUCUUUGGGAAAAUCACGUGAUGCUAUCUGCUGUUGUCCGUGUUGUAUUAUAAUCUAUCACAAAUUAUCACUGCCAUAGUUAGGCCAGUUAGUAGGGCCCUGAAGUUCAAGUCAGACACAAUACCGUCUUAUUUGCUGACUUUGCAGUAAUCUUUUAUCUUAGAGUUUUAUAUCAUUUGUAGUAGGAGCACCACAUUCAACUCCCUCAGUGCUAGCUUCAAGAAAAAUUCAGUCAUAUUCUUGUCUUCAGUUACUUUCAGUGUACAAAGGUCUUUCAGGAAGAACCCCUCUAGCUUUGCUUCCUCCUUAGCUUUUUCUGCCUUUCGUUUGUGGUACUGGGCUCCAGAGGGUUGUUGUUGUUGUUUUAUCAGCCAUCACUCACUAGAAAAAUGAAUACAUUUUCUAAAUAAGAUUAAGAUGUGACUAUAAGAUUUAAAAUUAAGUGUAUUUUACAUAACCUCCAGUCAACUUGGUCUAUUUCAUGUACACAUAAAAAACAAGUCUAAUGUAUGAAUUACCAUAUUUUUCUGUGUAUAACAUGCCCCCGUGUAUAAGUCGUCCCCUAUUUUGGGGGACUCAAAAUUAAGAAAAUGGGGGGGGGGAGAGAGAUUUGCCCCAUGGUAUAAGACUUUUAACAUUAUUUUUUUUGUAAAAAAAACCCCUAGUCUUAUACAUGGAAAAGUACGGUACUUCAAAUAUGAUAAAAUUCUUCAAAAAAGAAAAGAAAAGAAAAAUAUUAUCCAAAAUAUAUAAGAUAUAACAAAAGCUAAUCUGUAUAAAACUGUGCCCCUCUGAGGUCUGCGCCCUAGGUGCCUGCCUAGUUGAACUAAUGAUAACACUAUUCCUGUCCCAGAUUCCUGUUUAAGUGAAUUUGUGGUUGUAUUGGUCAAACAUUCUUAAACAUAAGAUUUUUUUAUGGUCUUCAAGUAAUCUGUAGAUUGAAGGUAAAAUAAGGUUACCAGAUUUUUUUCAAUGAAUCCGGGGACACUUUUCAACUUCCUACUAAAUAGAUGGAUUUUGUCAGGGGACUGACUUGUAAAUCUGGAGACUGUCCCCGGAAAAUGGGGACAUCUGGUAACCUUAAGGUAAAAGGCAGAUAGAGCUAAGGGCAGGCAGGCAGCUUCAACAUCCCACCGAAGAUUUAAAUAACAGGAACACUGAUUAUUUUAUUUUAUUACCUGCCCUUCACCCCAAGGUCCCAAGGCAGGUCACAACAAUUUAACAUGCAACAUUAACGAACAGUUUAAAGCAAACUACAACCACAAGAAUAGGGUGGGUCCUAAGAAUAUACAUCUCAAGUGUCAAAGGUCAGGCUGAAGAGGUGUGUCUUCAGCAUUCAACAAAAGCUGUACAGUGAAGGUGCCAUAUUCACCUGUGUGAUGAGUUGGUAGAAUUCAGCAAAAGUUAACUACUACAGCUUGGCUGCACUGAAUAUAGAUAUAUGGAACCAGAACUGAAAGCAAGACGAAUAGCCUGAGAUCCAGAGGUUCCAAAUCUGUUUCUGAUGUGGUCUCUGUUGUUGCUAGCACAAUUUCAUGGUCAAAAAUAUUUCAUGGUCUAAAAUGAAGGCUGCUAGAUCAUGUAAACAAUAUUUAGGAAACGAAUAACCUCAGAGUUAGUUCAACAAUAACAUGUGUCCCAAAGCUAGUCAGAGCCCCUGUUUCAGUACCAAGAAGUUUUAAGCAAUCAGAGUUUAAACAUAAAGCCGCUGCUUGCUGAAAGAGAGAAUUCCUCUAUCUGCCCAUCUAUUUAGUGCAUAAAGCAACAUGAUUUUUUUUUUUAUAUAGAAAGUCUGCUUUUCUCUCUACAGCUCAAAACCUUUGGCUUUAGAAAAACAAGCAACCUUUCUUUUAUAAUGAAUGAUUUUAGAGUGUUGUGUUUACUGUUGUACUGUUUUAUUGUUGUUAACCGCCCUGAGCCCGGCUUUGGCUGGGGAGGGUGGGAUAUAAAUAAAAUUUAUUUAUUAUUAUUAUUAUUAUCCACAACAUCUUGGGUUGUAUCAGGGAAAAUACGAAUCCAGUAUUGUGUGAGUUCCUAGAGUAGUUAUGCCGUAGCUUAACUUACUCUUCCUUAAGAGAGCAAUGUACAAAGCAGACAAUUAGUGUUGUCAGUUCAGAGUCUAAUUAUGGUGGUACACUGACUGCCCUGUGAGCCUUUUCAAUACUGAAUUAGUAUUCAGAGAAUAUGUUCAGCCGGUCUGUUAAAAAUAGAAGCAAAUGCCCUUUCUCUUCAGCCUCAGGUACACAUCUACUGUAGUAGCCAAAUCCUGGGGACUGACAUCCUUUCGACUCGCCUAAAAUAUUUGAGGGGACCAGGGGCCCUCAAAGCUGAUGGCCAUUGCCAUUCAAAUGAUGGGCAUGUGCAGUAUCUUGUGAUCAGUUAUUUGGCGUGGGUAGCAAGGAUCCUUAACAAAGAAUUAGGAACUAAGUUACCAGACAUUCGAGGUCCAGUGACAAUAGUCAUUUCUGAGCUCCAGUGAUCUGUACCUUACAUGUCUCCCUGCCCACCAGAACCCCUCACAUCUGAAGAGAUUGACCAGUAUAAUUCUGACAAGAAAUACAGCAUGAGAUAAGCUUGUUUUUAGAACCAUCAAGGGGAUAUUUUAUAAAUGGCGGGUACAACAUCAAUGUGGCGAUCUUCCAUGCCACGCCAUUUCUGGUUUGGGAGAGCCAACAAUCCAUGUCCCUGCUUUAAAGGUUAAAAGCCAAAAGAAGCAGAUGAAAUAAAGAGAGUUUGUUUUAAAAGCGCCCCCCCCCCGAGAGGAUGAGAUAAAUGGAUAGUAUGCUCUGAAAAUAUUUUGUAUUUGUGAAGUCUUCAUGAGAUGAGGUUUUUCCUCCCCCGCACCUUUGUUUCCUGAGCUAAGAUGCAUGUCAGGGGUCUCGUAUGUAUUAAGGACAUUUGUAUUAAUUAGCAACAGCCAGUUUAAUUGCUUUGGAAAUGGAGCUUAGCCUAAGAAUGUUGUGCAUUUUAUUUUCCUUGGCAGGAGGCUGUGGAUACAUUGUGUACUGUGAGGAUGGGAUUAACACACAGUACAAGAAAUUCUUUCCAAGAUACGUAUCUCAACAUACGUAUAUUAGUCCUGGGUGCUGCAUGUUACAAAUGAGUGAGACAAUAAAAUGAUGUGGGUCUCCAGUUACCUGUCCAGCUGUGGAUCCAUCUUGAAAAGGUCACCUCAUAAACAAAUAUGUCCACUGCCCUUCCCCGAGGGGGCGGCAUUGCGGGAGGGCAUCCGGGACCUCCCAGUGACCUAGCUGUGGGUGGAGGGAUGCCGCCUGCAUCAUAGGGACCCCCAGCUGCGUCACGCCCCCCUGGCUGACCAAUCAGGAUAGCUGGGGGCGUGGCCAAUAAAGUUGUGGCCUAUUUUAUCCCAUUAACCUAAACAUUCAUGUCCGUGUGCUUAUUAUCUAAGGGAACUGUGGGGCCCAGGGCCUUGCCAUGCAAGUCCCUAUCCACAGCUAAACCCCUAGCGCAGCUAUUAUAUGGGGCUCAGAUUUGGACUGGCACUUACCAUGGAUCUACGGAAGCUGUCCAAUCAAAGCUCUUAAGGCAAAUUUUUUUGUGCCACCCUGUGUCCCAAACACAUCAUUGCACCUAGAAGCCAAUCUCCCCUUGGUAGAAUUACGGAUCUGGCGCAGGACACUUAACUUCUGGCUUCGCCUAAACUCAAAUCCUCCCAGUCCUCGAUGGCCCUUGUGGUCUCUUCCAACUCUAUGAUUCUAUGAUUCUACUAUCCCUAGUGCAACAAGACUGUCACAAGAGUGCCUGGUCUAAAAUUGUCUAUCAAAAACUUCACUCUUGAGGUUUAUCCCCACAGCAGCUACUCACCGUGGGUCAUAGUAAAGCAAACAGUUUUAUUUGCCAACGCCUAAAUGAUCUCCAGCGUCAGAACAAAUGGUCACAACAAGGAAAUUUUGCCCAUGGUAUGACCAUUUCCCAUCCUCCCACUUUGAUUCUCUGGCACCCUAUCUGUGUAAUCUAGCAACUUCAAAAUAUAGAUGUGCCUUUACCCUCGCAAGACUGAAUGUAUUGCCCUCAGCUGUACUUGAGGGACGAUUCCAACAGAUUCCACACAAAAAUCGCCUAUGUCCUUGCAGAGAUGACAGCACCGAAUCAGUGGCGAAUGUCCUCCUGACAUGCACUCUUUAUAAAGAUCUGAGGAAUGAGAUUAUUACACCUCUUUUAUUGUCUCUUCUGGGGUGCCCAACCACUGCCACAGUGUCUUUUCUCCUGGCAGAUCAAGAGGAGCAGAUGGCUGCAAAGGUUGCAAGGUUUCUAGCUGGGGCAAUCAGAAUAAGGCCCACUAUUUGACUGCUGAUUCAGGACCCUAAACUGUGUUUUAUAUAAUCGACUUUUUAUUUUGUUCUGUGUAUAUUGCAAUGUUCUUUUGUUGCUAUGGCCGAUGGCUGACACAAAUAAAGUUUCAUUCAUUCAUUCCCUAUCCAAAGAAUAACUGAAUACUAUUGGGGUGGAAGGCAGGAAGAGAUUUCUCCUGUGUUGCAAAAAGUCAUAGAAAUGAAUGCACUUUUUAUCUUCUUUAAAAAAAGAACACCAGGAAUUUAUUGUGAGAGAAUAAACCUGUAAACCAUGCAGUCCAGUUGGGUGACUGCAGAUUGAUGCUGGAGUUCUGAUUGCUUUACUCACAGACUUAUUUUUAUUCCCCCAUAUGGAAAAGAUUGCUUAUAUAUUUCCCCAUGUUUCUGUGAAGACUCCACUAUUCCCCACACUCAACCCUCAGGUUUAAAAGCCUGGGUAAUUCCAACCGGCAAGCUUCCUACUAUAAGAUUAGUGAUUUAUUUUGGUUUAGAAUUGGGCUGAACAAAUCAAGCAAUUCCCUCAAACAAGCAGAAAAUAGCCUGGUUUAUUCCAAAUGCACUUGGGAGCUCUGUUUGGCCCAUGCAUGCUCCCAUCACUAGGAGUGUGAUGUGGUUUGAGUUCCUACCCUCAGUGCCCCCAAACCACAACACCCACUUUCUACUACCGAGCCGCGGAAUAAAUAAUGACAGCAGGGUAGGAAAUAUCCAAACUGCGACUGAACACAUUAUGUUGCUGUAGAUUGUAUGGAAAGGAAUUGUGUGUUUCUGCCUUUGACUUACUUCCAACCUUGAGCCUCACUCUUAUUCUUGCACAAAGAUCCAGAAGUUAGUCCAAACAAAGAUGGGGAUUCCUAGUUUGCUUUCUCUAUCUCAUGAAAUCCACCCAUGUUUUCCAAGCAGAGGCUCCUUCAAAAGGAGCACAUAGGGCCAAGUCCCAAAUGUUCAUAGCCACGCCUAACUCUUAUUGACGUCAAUGGGAAUGUUGCUGUCGUACAAACACAGACCUGUGCUUUUCCUAGUGUGAGGUCCUCUCAAGCUGGUGCCAACAUUGUGGAAAGUGAGGAUAGCCAAAUGAACUUUGGAGGUUCAGACCAAGCCUUUCAAAAUGCUGGAAUCCAGCAUAUUUGGUGUAAAAUGGGGGAGGGGGAGCGUCUGAUUUCAUAGAUGGAAUAGCCUUGCCAAGUAUUGAACAGGUACCUGCUAUGUGGCGCUGAAGUGAGCAGAACGCAUAUGCAUGUGUCAGUAGAAAGCCUUUCAUCUUCCAAGAGUGCAUUUCAAAUCAGCAUCUGGCUAUAGCUUGUAAACAAUAGGAACAUUAAUAAUAAAAAAGUCAUAACGUGAGAGUCUGUCCACAAUAUGAACAUUUUGCCCCAGCUCCAGCAAAGUAAAUGUUAUCAAUUUUCACAAUAAAACAUUUUAGCCAAAGUCUCUUAAGCAUAUAACUUUACAACUUUCAUAAAAGGGACAUGAGAGAGAGAGACAUAAAAGUGAAAAAUGUGUUUUGCAAUGCAUCUGCCACUGAUAGGGGUGUUCAAUUAAAUGGACCAUGCAAGAAAGGAGGAAAAAUUUGUUACUGGGAUGUUGCCAGUGAUAUCCUUUGACACUUCGGCAGUCUCAUGUGGUCUUGAUCAAGCAGCUUAGAGCUUUGGAAAAUCCCAAACCAAUAAAGGCUGAAAGUAGAACAAUCUGAGUGCACUUGAUACACUGGGGGCUUAUAAGUCUGGUUGUUACAUUCGAAGGGCUAGCCCUAAAUUAUGGUGUUAAAAGCUGCUGCAUUCCAGACAGGGCCACUGUGUGGCAAAUUUGCAUUCAUAGGACUGCACCAGUGUCCACUGUGUGCUUGCAGAGAAAUUCAGGUACCGGUAUGUCCCAGAAUGCUGGUUUCCUUACUGAUCUAAUUCAAAGGCUGCGGGCAGCAAAUCCUCACCUCACCUUCAUCCUAUACAGCAAAGUAGUAGAGACAGGCAUGUUUAGGACCACCCUCAGCUGAUUGAAGUUUCAACCUAGAUGAGAAAACCAAGUUUGCUGAGGGCUUCUCUCAAUAUUACAGUUUUUAGUUGUUUGUUGGUGGAGUCAUGGACGGGGAAUGUGGAAAAGUGCAGCACUGGGAACUUUUCUCAGAGCAGAAGCGAUGAUUUCCUGUGUCAGAGCACCAAGGUAUAGUGGUACCUCGGGUUAAGAACUUAAUUCGUUCUGGAGGUCCAUUCUUAACCUGAAACUGUUCUUAACCUGAGGUACCACUUUAGCUAAUGGGGCCUCCCGCUGCCGCUGUGCUGCCACCGUGCGAUUUCUGCUCUCAUCCUGAAGCAAAGUUCUUAACCCAAGGUACUAUUUCUGGGCUAGCAGAGUCUGUAACCUGAAGCGUCUGUAACCUGAAGCGUCUGUAACCUGAGGUACCACUGUACCUGAAGAUCCCUCCUUGUUAGUGAUGUGAGAUGAUGAGGCUUUCAUGUUUUACUGUUGUUUGUGGCAGUUUAGCGCAGAGCAAGUGUGCACAUAUAAAUCUUUUAAGAAACAACAGUGGUAACUUUUAACUGCAGGCAACAAUAUUUUUGGAUAUAUAUAUAUAUACACAUAUACACACACACACACAACUGCCUGCACUUUUGAACUGUUCUUGGAGAUGGCGCUGUGGAGCUGUCAUGAUGAGCUCUUGCAGUUGAUGAUGAUGAUAAUAAUAAUAAUAAUAAUAAUAUUUAGACCCCACGCAUUUGGGCGGCUCCCAACAGAAUAUUAAAAACAUGAUAAAACAUCAAACAUUAAAAACUUCCUUAAAUAAGGCUGCCUUCAGAUGUUUUCUAAAAGUCAGGUAGUUGUUUAUUUCCUUGACAUCUGUUGGGAGGGUGUUGCAUGGACAGGCUGAGUCCCCAGAUCCCGAGCGGUCCCCCCCGUCAUGUGGAAUAAUGACUCAAGACAACGUGCUAUGGGAUUAAAUUGGCCACAACUUUAUUAAAUUUCAAAUGUGAGUAGACCUUGGCUCAGGCAUUGGGCGUUCUCCUUCCCCAGUCCCCAGCCGGGGACCUAGGGAGCAUCAGGGUUAUCCAGUGUGUGUGGGGGGAUGGGCCGGCUCUGGAGAACAUAUGUUCAAGCAGAGAUAGCCGCCCCGCUACGCCGCCGCCGCAGGGGAGAGCAAUGACGACCUUUGGCGUACGGUCAAAGCCUCCCUUCAGAAACCCCUUUAAUGGGGAACCCUGGUAUCGCCGCCGCAAAGAGGAAGAUGGACUAAAGGAUUCCGCCCAAGGCCUGAUACCGCCAAAGUUGUGACGUUUUGCUACGGGAAAGGCGAAACCUGCCAAUGCAGGGAAAUUCCUUUCCAGCCCUUUAACAGCGACCUUAACGUAGCAGCGCCCGCAUACCUGUGAAGAAAAGUUAACCUGCAAACCUGUGAAGAAAAGUUAACCUGCAAAAUAAGACAUUAACUGAGGGUGGGUAGGGUGGGAGAAGCUCUGGAGCCAAGUGAGGAUUCCCAGGUAAGAUCCUCCCUCUAUUGUGUGGGCAGGUAAUCCCUCCCCUACCUGGCCUGGUCUCCUUGGCAACGCUUCCCAGGUGGGAUUGGACAACUGACUGAGGUAGGCGGAGACCUCCAGGUAUCCCACCUGAGGGAAGGCAAAGCCAAGCCUAUGCUGAUGGAGCCGCUCCAGAUCUAGGGGCUGCGUGCGUCCACGCACAGGGCGCCCCCCCAUUUUAAGCGGGGAGCGGUCAUUCCACAGGGCAGGUGCCACUACUGAGAAGGCCCUCUGCCUGGUACCACUACACUACUGUUGCUUCCUAAAGACUUGGGGAAGGAACUUGAAGGAAAAACCCACCUUAUACACACCUUUGUCAAAGCCAGAGAGUCUAUGUGGGGCUGAAGACAUGUAUCCUUCUGAUUCGUGCUGGAGUUGUACAGAAUGUUUAGAUGCUGCAAAAAUGUGCAUCUUGAGCAUUUUUUCGUCCUUUAGGAUUUGAACACAGAAAAAAGCUCUCGUGUGUGCAAGCUGUGGAUGCUGGCCUGCCUUCUUCCACCCGGUUAGCAGAACCAUCGAUUUAAAAGCCAAACCUCUCUAAAAACAAUAUAAAAAUUGCAGGGUGAUGAAAAGCUGCUGCGAGAGACGAAUCAUAUGGGACUUCAGAGACUGGAGAAGUUUCUUUCUAAUCACUGAUUUGCACAAAUAACUUCAUACUAGCCUCUUUGUGUUCAGGACCACCUCCUCUUCCCAGGUUGACUUGCAGAGACUUCCAUGGAUGGCUCAGCGAGAGUUGCACGGAGCGAACACAAUGAAAGAAAUCAUGCUUCAGUGAAGUCAGUGGAAACAAUUGAGUGGGGACAGGAUUCCUUCCAAAAUUCUUGCUGGCAGCCGCACAGUUUCAACAGCCUCUUUCUGUGUGUGGGAUGUCAAGAACAUCACACCCUUUUGCCAGACGAUGAAAUGAUGGAUUUCAAGGCCUGUGCUACAUCCACGAUAGAUAACUAUUGGACUGAAGCAUGGAUGGUCCUUUAGCUGGGGUUGGACAAGCAUGGCCAGUGGUGAAUGGCGAUGAGAGUUGGGCUAAGAAGAAAUUGCCACAAUUGUCAAUCUUUUCCUCUUCCCCGGGCAACAAUAAUCCCUGGCACACAAAUGAGGCUGUCUGAACAGGUAAAAGAUAUCGGUGACAAAUCUCUGACUCAGGCUAUGCACCCAUUAUCAGCUUAAAUUGCAGUGAGGUUAUUUCCCCCUGCUGUGUUUCAAGUAAGGUUUGCAUAUUGCUGUUCAUGCCAGAGAGGGGUAGGGAUAGUUUUACCUGGUGUGCAUUGCCUGUUUGAUUUCCCUAUACACACCUCAGCUUAACUGCAAAGGGAAUGUGUCUUUUCAAAACGCAUCAACUAGCAGCAGUGCAGUUAUUCUAGAAAAAUAAAGGUGACAGAACACACCAUGAAUGCCUUCCUUGUUCUCUUAUAAUCACAGUGGUGCCCACAUGAGAAGUGCCAGAACUGAGUUCUGGGGAGUUCCAGCUGGAAAAAAGCCCUGAUUAGCACUAUUCUUUAUGAAACAACAGGAUAAAUACAGAUUGUGGCUAAUGUCGUGCAUACUCAGCUUCAAACACCAGCGGUGAGAGCACCCUCAGAAGUUGCCCCCUCCUUUAAGAUGUGAUAUUGUGGUAAUAUUUUCACUCUUGAAGUCCAGGUGGUACUUUCUUUAAAACAAGACACUUUGUAAAUCUGGCAUCCUUACUAAACUCAUGAGGAAAAAGCAAAAACAACAACAAAAAAACAAAAAAACAAAAACAAAACAAAACAAAUACUAAUUGUGACCAGAGAUGUAAGAGAUGUUUGAAUGAGAUCCGUGCUAGAGAUUGCCAGAGAUCUGUGGCAAUUUAAAAAGAAAAUAACACAAGAGGAAUGUUGCGGAAUGUUAAUCCUCCCGUAUCCAUCUUAGGCAUGUCUGUGCAGAAGCAGAGGCAGCCUGGGUAGCAGGGCAGAGCUCAGGAGCCUCUCUCCUGAUAUUGGUAACCCUAACGCUAACCUGGGCAGGGUGACAGCAGAGCAGGGCUAAGGUUGAAAUUGUGCAGGUGCUGGAUUGGCUCUGCUGGUGUAUCCAGACAGCUAUGCUAGGUUGUCCUGCUCCCAGUAAAUUCCCUUUUUUUAUUUUAUUUAAUAAUAAUAUUUAUUCAAAGUUUAAAGUUACAAAAAGAAAAAAGAACAAUACAAAAUACAAAAAAGAAUAUAACAAUAACAGAGAGAGAGAGAGAGAGAGAGAAAAGAUGGUAUAAAAAUACAUUCAAUUGAAAUAGAACAAGAACAGAUUAAACCUUUACAUAACUUUUUUCCUUUACUUAUUUCCUUGACCUCCUCACACCUCCCAAUUUUGUAUUCUAGUUCAGAUCGUUUUUUCAGCAAAUCCUUCCAACCUUAUUUGCAUUUACGUAGUUUAAUUUAAAGUAUUAUAAUUUAACAUCCUCUCUUCAUCAAUUUCAUCAACUCAUUUUUGCUUAAUCCUUUAUAUCAUAUCUACCAAAACUACCUAAUUUUCUUUUUCCAACAUCUUUCUAACAGUCUUUAAUAUUACAAUAUUUUUGAAGAUAUACUUUAAAUUUUUUCCAAUCUUCUUCCAGCUGGUGUAUCCAGACAGCUAUGCAAGGUUGUCCUGCUCCCAGUAAAUUCCCUUUUCUUAUUCUAUUUAAUAAUUAUGAUGAAAUGUUUUCCCCAAGAGUAAGCAAGCAAUCCAUGGCCACAUAACAAAAAAGCAACCACCAAACUGGGAUAGCACCACUAAGAGUCAAAAAAAUGAGGAAGAAGAACUCCAGGUUUUAGAAAUUUUGCCUAUUAGAAAUUCAGUUUAUUAUAAAAAAAAUACAUUUCUUGCACCUGGACUUCGUUUUAUUCUUUUGUUUUGUUUUGUACAUAUGAAAAUAAAAAACCACCUGUUUCUUAAUGCAGGAUAGUCAAGAAGAAAGAAAGCUUGCAGCUCACUACCACUGACAAGGACUGCACUUUGUGCCAAAGCAGCGCUUUGAGAUUAUUAUUAUUAUUAUUUACUGAAUUUAUAUACCACCCUAUACCUGGAGGUCUCAGAGUGGUUCACAGAACAAAAUCAAAAUAUAAAACCACAAAAUAUAUAAUCAAAAUAAAAACAACAACCCCUUCCUCCCCCCAAAAAAACCCCCAAACUACAUUUUAAAAAGGGCAUAGGAUGUCAAUCAAAUCAACCCAAGGCCUGUUUAAAAAGGAAAAUUUUUGCCUGGCACCUAAAGUUGUAUCAUGAAGGCGCCAGGCGAACCUCUCUGGGGAGAGCAUUCCACAGAUGGGAGCCACUGCAGAGAAGGCCUGUUCUCGUGUUGCCAUCCUUCGGAUGUCUUGAGAUCACAUGCACUGGGUCUAAUUCAGCAACAAAGCACAGUUGCUUUGCAGCUAAUAUGUCUUUAUAAUGACCCUGAAACACUAAUGAUUUCUCUGAGACAGUAGGGCAAGGUGGUGUCUCUUACCUCGGGGUUUUUCUUAUCAUCAACACUGUAUAGGUCCCAGUAAACUCAGCUUUAGCAGAGGUAGAAACCUAACUUCUGUUAGCCAUAUCUAGGCUGCCACAGCUUCCCCUCAGCCUGUACAGUUCCUGUAUUUCUGCUGCAUGACUCACUUUCCACAGGUCUUGACAUCUGCUUUCUGGUACCUAUAACUGUUUUCUCAAACCACAAUUACAUUUUUUUACAGAAGGUUCCAGGUCACAGCACUGUGCAGGACAGGAAUUUCCCUUCUGAAUAAUCAGUAUGAAUAAUAAUAUAUUUUUACAAUUUUAGGGGAUCCAGAAUUCAGUAAAAUUCUUGAUUCUGGGAAAAAAAAUCCAUUAUAGUUUCAACAGAAACACACUGACUUCCUAGCUUUGGUUUUAAUCAGGUUCAAUCCACCUUUAUCUGUUGUCUUUUUCUCUCUGACAGGAAAGUGGAAAUCCUAUAUUCAAAAGACUAUCACGUUGCUGGAUCCCUGGGUACAGUGGGAUGAAAGUCUGGCUAACCAGGCUGCCAAGAUAUCAAGCCACUUGGCUAUAAUGAUGCACAAAGGAUCUCGCUUUGUGAUUUUUUACCUCUGCUUUAAAACUAAACAGAUGGCACAAUGGCAGGAGCUGCGAGGGAAAGCUGAACAACAGACUUUUCUGAACUGAGACCAGUAUUACAGGCAAGAUCAAAUGUGCCCAGGGAAACGGAGGAAACUCCACACCAAAAGCGCCAAUGGCAAGAAUUUGUUCUGGCUGGCUAUGUGUGUGUGUGCAUGCAUAUUUUCCAAACCAAAGUGCUGAUACUCAUAUAUUGAUAAAAGGACUGUGGGUGCCAGCAAAUGGCUUAGGGUGAUAUUCUCUCUGAUUAGGGUGAUCUAUUUCUCCCCUGCUUGAUAUUGUAAAUAUUGAGGUUGGUGAGGAUAUAUAUCAUGAUCUGGUGUUUGACAUUAAUGGGAAUCAUCUUCUCAUGAUGUCAGCUGCCUAGAUCAAACAUGGAGUUCUAAAUGUUAAUAUGGGUAGAGUUUGGGAUAGUUGAAGAAAAGAAAGAGCUAAACACUUUGGAAGUUUUAAUUCAUUUUGUACUUUCAGUUAGGAGAAGAAAGCAAAACAGACUGCUUUGUGGUAUUUUUAUUGGCCUCUCUGAAUCAAAGAAGGAUUAUGUUUCUCAUGGGAGAACUUAAUUUUGCAAGUUUUCCAGAUAUCUCAAGAGCCAAAAGGUUGACAUAGAUUUAGAUAUCUUUCCGAAACAAUAGUCCAACUUUUAAAAGGUAUUUCCCUGCUUUACUACCACAUGGAUUCAGCUGAUCCAUCUAUAUGGUAUGGCUAUGUUUUAUGGCAAAGCCCACUGCACCAUUCUUGCUAUAAAUAGACACCCACUGAACCAUGUAAAAAUCCUGAACUAUUUUCUUACCCCAUUCUCUGUAAUAGUAAGGUUAGCGCAUGAGUCAAUGGUGAUCUCAUUUAUGACUAGCCACAAAGGGCAAGUCUAACCUCAUGGACACUGCAGUUGCUUUCACUUAUGCCACAGCAGCGAUGGGGAACUUGUGGUCUUUGUUGAUGGACCACAGCUCCCAUCAUCCCACACCAUUGACCAAGUUGGCUGGGACUGAUAGAAGCUGGAGUCCAGCAAAAUCUGGAGGGCCACAGAUUCUCCAGACCUGACUUUGAGUUGAGUUGCUGAGGGGACAAAGUAGCUGCUAUUGCCUUCUCUGCUGUUGUUAACUCCAUGGGCUCUAAUUCUCCUGCAGUUUGGGGGAAGGCCUGUGGGUCAUUGGCAAGAUACAUGUUUUGCACACACCAGGUUCUAAGUUCAGUAACUGGCAACUCCAUAUCACAGCCGCUCAGCUCGCAGACCUGGAAAAGACCUCUGUCUGAGACCUUGGAGACCCACUGUCAGUCAGAAAGAUGUACUAAUAGUCUGACUUCAAAUGUUCAUAGUCUCUAAAGUGAAAGUGAAGCGUAGAAAUGAAUAUUCUUCCUGAGAUGUUAUUUGCCCUGCGUCCAUAACAGGAUUCUGAGAGUGCUUCCAGACACUCACUAUUUCUGAGUAGGACUCAAUCACAUUGGAGCUGUGGUGGCAGGGAGGAGAAUUCACCCCCCACCAUUCCCAUUAUCUGAUGCAAAUUAGCCUCCUGAGCGGCUACUUGCAGCCAGAGUGGUGUGGGAUAGACAGAACCUGUAUAUUUCCCCCUCUGCAGUGAAUAGUGCCACCAGGGGAUAGUUUGCACUGGCUUGGGACCUCUUUCCCCUACCUUAUGUUCUCAGUCCAAACCACCCCUUUUCCUCCAGAACUUAAAAAAAAAAUCCAGUAAAGACGAAAAUACUGGGAGACCUAAUCCCAGAUCUUCCAUUUCACGUGUAGUUUGGCCCUAAGAUGCAGCACUGCAUAGUACAAAUGUUACAUAUGGUUUUUAUUAAGCAACGUGAAAUUCAUAACUCUGAAAGCUAUAUUGACAAAUAAAGAAGAAGAAGAUAACAUGUGAGGGGUUGUGGUUAGUGGUUAGUGGUUUCAAUAUAUUUCAAAGCACUGAUGAAUGGUGAGAAAAGGAAGUAAUUUACAUCCUUUGAAGAAGUCUUGAGAAGGUUCUGAUAGCAUUUACGAGCUGGGCGUACUGGGGUCAAGGCAAAGGUCUAAGAAAGGUAGUGGGAGUGGGGGAGAAAAAUAAAAGAGAGAAAGAAUAGGAGGGAGAGGGAGAUUUGGAAAGGUCAGGAUGAUCUGGCGAGCUUUCUCUUUAUAAAAGUUAACAAGGUCCUCACAAAUGAACAAAAUGGAGACAGAAGUGGGAGGUAUUUGUGACCUGAACUGAAAAUGCAAAACAAUCCAAAGUUUAAAUGUGGAUCUCUGGCACACACACCUUUCCCUCAAAAAAACUGGCCAGUAAAUUAAAGGUCUUGUCAUAAUAAGUUCUUGAAUGUUCUCAGCUGUGAUUUAAACUGUGCUCAACUAUAAGUUACAAUAAAUGUCAGAAACUCAAAUAUUGAUAUUACUGGUAGUUCUUGUCAUUACUAGGCCAGAGAGAGAGAUUUUAAAAAAAAUCUUCCAUUUGUCAAGGCCAAGCAGAUAUUUUUGGCAUAACUAAUGUACAAACUUCAUCCUCAUUUCUAUGAAGUCAACAAUGAUAUUAAAGUUGGCAAGUACCCCAAAGAAAUUUGGACAUUUACUGGUACAUUUCAAGAACCCCACAACCUUCAAAAAUCGCCCAAUUUCACUAGUCAUCAAUAAAUAAUCAAUUCAGACUAUUGCAGUUUGAGGCAACAAUGAAUUCCAGACAAACAGUCCACAAUGAGAGGUAAAAAUCCUUUAUUUAGGUUUUAACCCUUUGUUGCAUGGAAAUUACACCAGGAUACCUGUUGUGCUGGUUUUUGACACAUAAGAAACACAGUUCCCUCGUUCAUUCCCCUGCACAAUUAUUUCCCCCUUAUGAUUUUAUGUUCUUACUAUUUAUCUCAUCAUUGGUCAACAUCUUCUCAAGUGCUGCUAGCCAAUAUCUGCCCAGAAGCAAGAAAAGAUGGAUUUAUAUUAAACUAUAAGUUAUUUUUCACGGUUCUGGGCAAGGUAUGGUAAUGGUUGCUCCAGGAAUGCCAGUGGUAAAUAUCAAGCAUUUUGCAUCUCAGUUUGCUCCAGUGGCAAAACAAUUGCAGCAAUUGCAAUAUGUAUUAUGAGUACAGGGACACGGGUGGUGCUGUGGGUUAAACCACAGAGCCUAGGACUUGCCAGUCAGAAGAUUGGCAGUUCGAAUCCCUGCGACGGGGUGAGCUCCCAUUGCUCAGUCCCUGCCCCUGCCCACCUAGCAGUUCGAAAGCACAGCAAAGUUCAAGUACAUAAAUAGGUACCGCUCCAGCGAGAAGGUAAACGGUGUUUCUGUGCGCUGCUCUGGUUCGCCAGAAGUGGCUUAGUCAUGCUGGCCACAUGACCCGGAAUCUGUACAACGGCUCCCUUGGCCAAUAAAGCGAGAUGAGUGCCGCAGCCCCAGAGUUGGUCACGACUGGACCUAAUGGUCAGGGGUCCCUUUACCUUUUUAUUAUGAGUACUGUACGUUAUUAAGAGGGUUGGACUAGAUGACCCUUGUGGUACCUCUAUGAUUACAAGAGACUGAACUUGUUCAAUUCAUUUUAUAGUAAACGACACACUUUGUAAUUUGGUUUGGGUUCAGUGGACGAGGGCACCUGUAGGGCAUAUGUGAAUGUGUAAAACCUACUCACGUUCACUUGAAAAGACACCAUCAAGUUGUUUCAGAUCUUCUGUUCUUUAAUCUCUACUAGUUAAUACUCCUUUGGAAAGUUAAAAAUACUUUCCCUUCUUCAUUUUCCUUCGUAUUCUUUCAAACCCUUUCUCCUGAAAGGCUUUCAAAGGGAAGCAAAAUGAACAACCCCUUAGCUGAUUAAAGGAGCAAACUUUUCAAAACGCCGCUGUUGAGAGCUCUUCAACUGAAAGUAAAAUUAACAUCCAGCAUAGUUGUCUGACAGAACAUGAGCUACUCAUACGUCACUGCACAACUAUAAAUAGAGUUUCUCAUUUUACAUUCAUAUAAAAUUGUGCCAGUUUUAUAUGAAGAGACACUAUCUUGUCUUCAAUCCUAUUUAAUAUCUGUAUGAAGACAGAGUUGACUGAAGUUAUUUGCUCAGUCAGGGACGAGUUAGGCACAAUGUGUCCCUAACACCACUUAUGCCCUGAAUCCAGGACUCAGCCACAGAUCUUCCCUGCUUUCUUUACAAGCCGCUAGAAUAGGUUUUUAGGAUUUGGGGGCAGGGCGACAUUGAUCUGCUGGUGACACUCAGCUCUAUUUUUCCAUAACAUGUGAAUUGGGAAAAGUCAUGCAGUUCUUGGACCUGUCCUCAGACGCAGCGGUGAGACAGAUGAGGAAAAACAAGCUGACUUUGAAUUCUGAACCACAGACUGAGGCAUGAAUCCUGAAGGUAUGUAUGAGCUUCACAAUGUUGGGCAAUAAACUGAAGCUGUAUGUGGAAAAGACAGAGGUGUUAUGCGUCCCAAGUCUUCCUGUCCAGGAGGUAGGGAGAAGGCCUUCUCCGGAUGGGAUUGGUCUCAUUUUGAAGGAUCAGGUCCAUAGUUUGGAGGUGCUCCUGGAUUCAGUCCUUUCACUGGAGGCUCAAGUGGCUAGGGAUGCUUUUUCCCCAAUUCUGGUUGGUUCACCAGCUACGGUUCCUAUUGGAGAAAGAUGACUUGGCCACUGAACUCCAUGCUCUGGAUUCUUGAACUGUAGAUUGGAUUAUUGUAACGCACUUGAAGAUGACUCAAAAACCUGAGUUGGUCCAAAAUGCAGCACCCACAUUGCUAGUUGGGGUUCCCAUGUAAACAUGUAAGCUCUUUUAAAACAGGUGCCAGUUCAUUUCUGGGCCCAUUUCAAGUUGCUAUUUAAAUACCUUAAAUAUAGUAAAGGUAAAGGGACCCCUGACCAUUAGGUCCAGUCGUGGCCGACUCUGGGGUUGCGGCGCUCAUCUCGCUUUAUUGGCCAAGGGAGCCGGCGUACAGCUUCCGGAUCAUGUGGCCAGCAUGACUAAGCCGCUUCUGGCGAAUCAGAGCAGUGCACAGAAACGCCAUUUACCUUCCCGCCGGAGCGGUACCUAUUUAUCUACUUGCACUUUGAUGUGCUUUUGAACUGCUAGGUUGGCAGGAACAAGGACCGAGCGACGGGAGCUCACCCCAUUGCGGGGAUUCGAACCACCGACCUUCUGAUCGGCAAGCCCUAGGCUCUGUGGUUUAACCCACAGCACCACCCACGUCCCUACCUUAAAUAUAAAGGUAAAGGUACCCCUGCCCGUACGGGCCAGUCUUGACAGACUCUAGGGUUGUGCGCUCAUCUCACUCUAUAGGCCGGGAGCCAGCGCUGUCCGCAGACACUUCCGGGUCACGUGGCCAGCGUGACAAGCUGCAUCUGGCGAGCCAGCGCAGCAUGCGGAACGCCGUUUACCUUCCCGCUGGUAAGCAGUCCCUAUUUAUCUACUUGCACCCGGGGGUGCUUUCGAACUGCUAGGUUGGCAGGCGCUGGGACCGAACGACGGGAGCACACCCCGCCGCGGGGAUUCGAACCGCUGACCAUGCGAUCGGCAAGUCCUAGGCGCUGAGGUUUUACCCACAGCGCCACCCGCAUCCCACCUUAAAUAUACCAGGCCCCAAAUAUCUGAAAGACUGCCUCCUUCCCUCUUGGGUGCUAGGAUCAGCUGAGGGAGCCCGCUUGGUUGUUACACCACCCUCCGAUAGAGCAUUAUCUGUGGUGGCCUGUAAGCUGCAGAACUCCCAUUCACACAGAGGUACACAUGGGACCUUUACUAUACACUUUCGCUGGAUGCUGAAGAUGUACAUGGCUGUUGGCACUUGAAGUGUAUAUUUUUAGGAUAGGGACCCACCUUAAAUUUUGUAAUUUUAAGUUAUUUAAAUCUGUUAUUAUGUUAUAUUGUGUUUCAGUAUUAAUAUUGAAUGAAUGAAUGCAUAAUAUUUAUGGCUAAAAGCCAUAAAUAUAACCCAUCACAAAUCGACACAAGCCACAAUGUAUAGAAUACAAAUAAUUGGUUUAAAACUGCACUGCAACAACGGAAGAACAGACACACAAAACUGCAAAAAUCACACCUGCGUAAGUUUGUUGUUGUUGUUUGGUCAUUUAGUCGUGUCCGACUCUUCGUGACCCCCACAACUCAUACUCCCCAUUUUGGUACUUGUCUUGGUGCCUGGCUCUCAACUUACUUGCAGCCAAGGCAAAUUUUGCAAUCAGUGCAGUAAUAGAUACAUUAUUGCCAGCCAGCAAAAUAGAGAUUUGCUCAAGCGGAGGUCAGCUGGAAAGAGAAUGAAGGAUGUAAUCAAGGGAUUUUUUUACUAGGGGAUAGUAUAUAUAUACAGUAUCUAAAGGGCAUUGUAGCAAAUAGUGUUGAAGUAUUAAUAUUGUGUUUUAAUUGUUGCAACCCAGCCUGGGACCUUGGGGUAAAGGGUGUGUAACAAAUUACAACAAAAAGUGCCAUAUAUGUAUAUAUCUUCUUCUUCCUCUCUGGCAAUCACUCAUAGCCGAGUAAGAUUGACUUCCAUGAACAUAGUCUUAACAGUGAGUUCAUAAGUGACUGUGGAGGCCAAUUCUGGAUCCACACAUCCUUCCACAUAAGAUAUAAUCUUUCUAUAUAUGAACACUAUAUAAGACUUACACACACCCCCUUUUUAACAUAUAUUUUACAAUUUAGGAGAUUAUAGUUUCUGGAUUCAUGCUUAAAUUGGAGGACCCCAUGUUGUUGAAUGUUGCUUUGAAGGGCCAGAUGUGGAGUAGCCUCCGCUUCUCUUUUUUCGUUACCGUGCUUUUUCGCAGUCACCAAAUACCUGUUCCAUUAGUACCCUUUUUGUGUUUUAUUCUGCCAUCUACUGCAUCUUAGUAGUACUGUGAUCUGGCUUUUAAAAAAAGUUUACUUCCACUGCCAUCCAGUCACAUCAGCCAUGAUUAUAGCCCUUGCAUUCAAACCUUUCAGAGUGGCUGGCAGAGCCUAGAAGCCUGUAUGCUAAGAGCGGCAGAGCUUCUGUCCCUUUAAGAUAGCUUAAGGGCUUCUGUCAUAGUGUGAAAUAAUGGGAGCAAGGCACCUUCUGAAUGUUGCCAUCCCUCAGAGCUCUCAGAGGGACAAAAGGUCUGCUCUGCCUUGGCAUAUAAGCUCAAACGCUCUCAUUCUUUCGCAAUAUGAUUAUUAAAACAGAUGCUUUUAAAAAUUGAUUGUGACAAGUGCUUAUGAAAGGCUGAAGGGCUUGAUGUAUCUGCAUACAUUGUAAAUGUGACAUUUGUGAACUUUCUAUGUCCAUGAUUGACACAUGUUUCUCACCAUGAGGAUGUUUGCAAUUGUGCCAUAUUGAUAUUAGUUAACUUCUAGACUUCAUGGGUUCCUUUGCUUACAUUACUUCCCCCCAAGCUCAGAUGAGCUGUGUGGAGCCUGACACAAAGGGAAAUUACUAAUCUAUACAUGCUCAGAGGCAUUUUCUUAUUUAUUGUGACUUUACAUGGCAGGCCUAAUGCCAAAUAUUCAAAACAAAUUUCAGAGCUCCACCCUCAUCCAGGAGAGGAUAUUUGAUAAUAAUUAACAGUUCAGUUCUUGAUCCCUUCUUGUCUGUUCUUGUCAGGGAUGGCACCAAUGCCAAACUGCCUGCCAUUUUAAAUCUCCCAGUGUACUACUGAAUUAUGGGAAAUAUAAAUGGUGGGUACCUUCUCAGCAGGGAUGGGAAAGGAAUUCAAUUCACAUUUAAAGGCAAACCUAUCGAAUUCUGAAACAAAACGCAAACUGAAACAGGGUCAUUCUUUGAAAUUCUGCCAUCUCUGAAUUUUGCAAUGCAGUUUUCCAGCCAAGUUAGAUGUACAAAAAUGCAUAUGUUUGUGUGUGAAGUGUGCUGAUAAAUGCAUAUAUUACUGAAAAUAAUAUAAUAGGUACCAUAUAUGGGAAGACUGCUUGUGAAAAUUUGUGUAUUAGGCAAAAGGGAACAUAAAUAUAGAUAUAUAUGAGAAGGUAUUAGAAUCACAAGGUUGAUUAAUUUUCAUGAGGACUUUAGAAAAAGCAAACUGAUGGGGAAAUGUGAAGGGGACUUGAGAUUAGAAAAAAAAAAUGGAACUGAAAGAAACCAAAAUUGGACAUAUAUGCACAUCCCUAUUUCCCUGUUACAGCUGCUGCUUCCAGAUAAGCCAAGGGAAGUGAAUAGGCAGAUGACUAUGUGUGGUUGCAACGUAUGAGGGAGCCCACUUUGCUGUGGGGUGCUUGGAUCCUUCCACCAUAACCAGUGCUGGUUAUGAGCACAGUUCUUGAGCACUUUCUUGCAUUCACUUUCCUCAUAACAUUUUCCAGAUUCUCCUGCCCCUUUCAAAACGCUUCUCUCUGCCUUACACCGACGUGAUUGAUGAUUCUUCUUUAUUUCUGUGUUCUUGCUCUCUCACAGGUUUAUUCACCACUUGCAAGAGCCAACUCUUUGUUUAAUUCCCCAAGAUUAGCACUCUCCAAUUCCAAUUAGUUUACUUUUUGGAGGCUCGAGGAAGGAAUGUGGGCUGCACAGUGUGUGCAGUGCAUCUAUGGGAGAUUUUUUAUAGCGAUAAAAGUUUUCCAUCAAAUGCCUCAGCUUUUUACUCUGGCCACAAUAGUUUAGCUAAGUGAGAAACACAUUUUUCCAGCUGACUUCGUAUUAUUUUUAUUUGUUGUUGCACAUACCUAAUCAACAGCUCCAGUUGGCAAAGCUCUUCCUGUCAUAAAUAUGGAGACCAGACAAACUAAAUAAUCAAUCAUUGACUAAACAAAGUGUGUGUGGCUGGACAGAAUGUCAUUUAUGCACGUUUAUUUUGAAUGGCAAUUAUUUCUUUCCCCAUUACUCGAACAUUCGCAACUUGUGAGGUUUUUCCUUCACUCACCACCCACCUUUGUUUAUAAGGUGCUUGCCACUAUUUUGCUCCUAGGCCCGACUGCGCUGCUUGCAAUUCACAAGUGAGUUAAGAUGGAGUAAUUUCACUGUGUAGUGACUUAGGGCCAGUUCACUCCUUUGGGAAACUCAUUUUUACAUGCGUGGUUAAGUAUGGACAUAGCCAUCACUGUACAUACAUAGCUCAGUAUGAUGCUGAUAAUGCCAAGGUUGACAUUUUGAUCCCCGUAAAGGACAGCUGCGAAAGGGAUGCAGGUGGCACUGUGGGUUAACCCACAGAGCCUAGGACUUGCCAAUCAGAAGGUCGGCGGUUCGAAUCCCCACGACGGGGUGAGCUCCCGUUGCUCGGUCCCUGCUCCUGCCAACCUAGCAGUUCGAAAGCACAUCAAAGUGCAAAUAGAUAAAUAGGUCCCGCUCUGGCAGGAAGGUAAACGGCGUUUCCGUGCGCUGCUCUGGUCCGCCAGAAGCGGCUUAGUCAUGCUGGCCACAUGACCUGGAAGCUGUACGCUGGCUCCCUCGGCCAGUAAAGCAAGAUGAGUGCCGCAACCCCAGAGUCGGCCAUGACUGGACCUAAUGGUCAGGGGUCCCUUUACCUUUUUACCUUAAGUAUGGAUGUAGCCAUCACUGUACAUACAUAGCUCAGUAUGAUGCUGAUAAUGCCAAUGUUGACAUUUUGAUCCCCGUAAAGGACAGCUGCAUAUUCCUGCAUUGUAGGCGGUUGGACUAGAUGAUCCUCAGGGCCCCUUCCUACUCUACGAUUCUGUGAGUUGGGGCACAGGCAGUGUGCCUGUACGCCCACAUGUCCCAUUAUUGUGACGCCUGCCCUUGCGUCACAUACUACUUCAUCUAUAUGGUGCAUAGUGCAAGAACCAGCUCUUCAUGUAACAUAUAAGACUGCCAGUUUCCCUAAGGUGUGAGCCAGAUCCUAGAUUAUUUAUUAGUAACUGCUAUUUUUUGGGGGGGACGGGACUCUAAGCAGCUCCAGAUUUAAAUCCAGUGACUCAUUGCUUCCUGAAUCAGGCUGGUCUGCUGAUUUUUCUUGUUAUUGUUUCUUGCUGCUAUCUCAGCAGCACUAUGUCAUUGUGCACCUUUGGGAGGACAAAGUGCUGAAGGAACAUAGUGGGCAUGCCCUCUACAAAGAGCCUCCAGGGUCAGUCGGUAGUUUUUGCAGUCUUCUCUGUACCCAUGAAUCACUCUAUGCAGACCAGGAAGCUGCAUCCAUUGCUCUUAGUGAAGGGAUGAAUUAUUUUCAGGCUUAUAAAUGGGCUUUGAAAAUUGAGCUAUAGUUUAAACUGUGGUUGUUACACACCUGAUCAUAUAACUGACAACUGAAUGCUGUCCGAUCUCUCCCUCAAUAAACCACUGAACCCCUCGCCUACUUUCUUCCACAAACAACAAUGAAAGGGGGAAGGUGUCUCUGCCUUUACCUAUUCCUGCACCUAGCAUACUGCUAUGGCUGCCAGCCAAGUAUCCAGGGUGUUGGCUUUCCAAGUGCUAAAACUUAAUUUCUCAUCUCUCCUGGGAAGAGUCACAGUAGUGAACCUUAUUUCCUUAUCAGUUCUGUACCAAGUACUGAAGGCCACCCAUUCAUUAUUAAGUUUCUUGAGGUGUGCUUGCAGAUAAGAUGCAACACCACUGUAAGUAAAGGUUCUGCAAAACAACAAUUGAUCAAAAUCUCCAUGUACAGAAAUGCAGCGCCAGAACCAGUCUUCAUUAUCCCCAGGAAAUUCAUUAACACUCCUUUCAAACAUUCCUAAGAUGUGGCUGUGUGUGGUUAAAUAUCCCUUGUGCCUCCCCUAGCGUUUCCUUUCAUCAAGCUCUCCAGACUGUUGUUUAGUCGUUUAGUCGUGUUCAACUCUUCGUGACCCCAUGGACCAGAGCACACCAGGCACUCCUGUCUUCCACUGCCUCCCGCAGUUUGGUCAAACUCAUGCUGGUAGCUUUGAGAACACUGUCCAACCACCUCGUCCUCUGUCGUCCCCUUCUCCUUGUGCCCUCCAUCUUUCCCAACAUCAGGGUCUUUUCCAGGGAGUCUUCUCUUCUCAUGAGGUGGCCAAAAUAAUGGAGCCUCAGUUUCAGGAUCUAUCCUUCCAGUGAGCACUCAGGGCUGAUUUCCUUAAGAAUGGAGAGGUUUGAUCUUCUUGAAGGCCUUGGGACUCUCAAGAGUCUCCUCCAGCACCAUAAUUCUAAACAAAACCCCUUCUCUUCUGAUUCACAAUCACUGCGCUAUAUUACACUUUCUAUAUAUCUCUAUUAACAGUGGAAAUAUUAGAAUGAUAGAAUUUUUGACUUAGGAUUCACCUUGCAAGUUAUCUAGUCUCACUUCCUGAACAACACCAACUACAGUAUUCCUGACAGCCUCUGCUUAAAUACCUCCAGCAAAAGAGAUUCCACCACUUCCUGAAGCGCCAUUGAAGAGCACUUGGCAGUAGGAUGUUUCUCCUAAUGCAGUAGCCGGUGUCAUGAUGAAGUGAUGGCUCUCACCUUACAUUCCAAGAACUGAGUCACUGCUGCUUACCAGGAAGGUGGGAUGAGAAAGCAGGGAGGUUGGCACCGUGCUAACACAUUGGCAAGAGCACUGAAUUGGCUCUGCUGGUGUGUUUGCACUAGGUAGCAACCUCCCUGUCACUUUACCCCUCCUGUUGUCCUUCCUAGUAAGCAGCAGCAACUCAGCUGUUGGGAGGUCAGGUACGUGCUGCCACCCCUCCAAGCUGUCCACUACUAUCCUCAUGUUUAACCAAAUGUUUUCCUGCAGAGGUUUCCCUAGAACCCACACUAGAUGACUAAUAUAGAAUAAUCUGCUCCAUCUUCUGUGCUACAGGCCUUCAAAUUAUUGAAGACAGUUAUCAUGUAUGCCUUUUUUUCUCUUCUUCAUGCUAAACUCAUAUAUUUCAACCAUUUCUCAUAAAACGCACUGCCCUAACAACACUAUAUUUUAAUGCAGGGGUAGACAACAUGGUGUCCUCUAAGUGUUGUUGGGUUACAACUUCCAUCAGCCCCAACCAGAAUGGCUAAUGGCCAGAGAUGAUGAGACCUGUAGACUGGCAACAUCCAGGGCACCACAUUGACUAAUCGUGCUUUAAUAUUUCUGGGUAACAGGGAUGAGCACAUGCACAUUUUAUUUCCUUUGCUCAUUUCCUAUUGCUGUCCUACUUCCACUACUUGUGAUAAAAACUUGAAUUUUGUCUUGGUAUCUGGCUGGCUGGCUACUCUUUGUGAGGGGAAAGAAAUAGCUGAGUUGAUGGCACUGUUUGUGUGUGGAGUGUGUCCAUGGGAGGAAUUGGGAGGAAAUGUUCCCUUUAUGGUUUUGUUUACAAUAAAAGGUUCAAUAAAAAUUAAUUCUAGCUGCUCUACUGUUUUGGCAAUUGUAGUUAAAAUGGUUUUUUAAAAAAGGAUGGAAAAUGUGUACAAUUUAAAUACAGACUUUUCAUGUGUUCUUUAAAAAGAACUGCACAAAACAGGGCAGAAGAGGCCCAUGACUGAGUGCCAGGGAGACUGAAAUGGGACAGAAUUAGGCUAUUCAGUUUUAAUUAUUAUUAUUAUUAUUACUAUUAUUAAUAAUAAUAAUAAUAAUAUACCGCCCUAUAUCCAGGGGUCUCAGGACGGUUCACAUAAUAAAAUCAAGAUAUAAAACCACAAAAUAUAGAAUACAAAUAAAAACAACAACCCAAUUAACCCCCCCCCCAAAAAACCCACAUUUUAAAAAGGGCAUAAGAUGUAAAUCGGAUCAACCAAAGGCCUGGUUAAAAAGGAACAUUUUUGCGUGGGGCCUACAGGUGUAUAAUGAAGGUGCCAGGUGAACUUCCCUGGGGAGAGCAUUCCACACAUGAGGGACCACUGCUGAGAAGGCCCAUUCUCGUGUUGCCACCCUCCAAACCUCUUGAGGAGGGGGUACAUGACGGAGGGCCUCAGAAGAUGAUCUCAGGAUCCGGGUAGGUUCAUAUGGAAAGAGGCAGUCCUUGAGGUAUUGCAGUCCUGAUCCAUUUAAAGCUUUAUAAGUCAAAACUAGCACUUUGAAUUGGGCCCGGAAACUAAUUGGUAGCCAGUAUAGUUGGACUAGAUGGGACGCGGGUGGGUAAAACCUCAGCGCCUAGGACUUGCCGAUCGCAUGGUCGGCGGUUCGAAUCCCCGUGGCGGGGUGUGCUCCCGUCGUUCGGUCCCAGCGCCUGCCAACCUAGCAGUUCGAAAGCACCCCCGGGUGCAAGUAGCGGGAAGGUAAACGGCGUUCCGUGUGCUGCGCUGGCUCGCCAGAUACAGCUUGUCACGCUGGCCACGUGACCCGGAAGUGUCUGCGGACAGCGCUGGCUCCCGGCCUAUAGAGUGAGAUGAGCGCACAACCCUAGAGUCUGUCAAGACUGGCCCGUACGGGCAGGGGUACCUUUACCUUUUAUAUUUGGACUGGGAUCAGUGUAAUAUGCUUAAACCGUCUUGCUCUGGUGAGCAACCUGGCCACUGAAUUCUUCAUCCGCCGAAGUUUCUGAACUGUCUUCAGGGGCUGCCCUACGUAGAACGCAUUGCAGUAAUCUAACCUUGAGGUUACCAGAGCAUAGACAGCAGUAGUUAGGCUAUCCCUGUCCAGAUAGGAGCAUAGCUGGGCCACCAGCCAAAGCUGAUGGAAGGCACUCUGGGCCACUGAGGCCACCUCAGCCUCGAGCGACAGCAAAGGAUCCAGGAGUACCCCCAAGCUAUGAACCCGCUCCUUCAGGGGAAGUGUAACCCCAUCAAGAGCAGGCAACCUCCCACCCAUCUGGUCUAGGGAACCACCCACUAACAGUGCCCCAGUCUUAUCUGGAUUGAGAUUCAAUCGGUUGGCAGUACAUCCUCAGCCCUUUCUUGGGAAAGUAAAAAAAAAAUCCUCACCAAAUCUUUAUGAGGUUAGCAGGCUGCCUCACACCUUUAUCUAGUGACUGACUGUACCUAUAAGAGACAAAGGAAUAUGAGUCAUAUGGGUGGGAAGCCCAGAACAAGGAAGUUCUUAGACUUUGAACAUGAACGUUACCUCUAUUCAGACACAACUUCCUUACAAAACAAGAUCGUGACUUUGAUUAGUUUUAGCCACUUGGAGUAUUCAGUAUACCACAUUUUGUUUUCUCAGCUGCAUUCGAGAAAGGUGCCCUAUGAACCUUUAUCUUUGACACAUCACUUACUAUUAGAUGAGGGCACCCCCACCCCAAUCAGGGAGGAGUUUAUUCAGUCUGCAGUCUCCCUUUUGGAACCGAGUCUACAGGCUGACCCCGCGGCUACAAAAUUCCGCCUGCUUUUGUUUUUCUUUGUUUCUUCCUCAUUCUUCUCCUUGCACGCAUCUUGCCUGAUGAAAAGUUCUGGAGAACUUGAAAGCUUGCCACAUUUGUGUGAAAUUUUGGUUAGCCCUAUUUUUAAAAAAAUUGCCUAACUGGAUGUUGAUGUUUUCCCCCCUUACAAACCAACACCUUUGCUUUUUAUGUAGCAAGCGUCUUGUGAAUAGCUCCUGAGGACAGCAAGGCAUGCCGAGUUUUUUCUUUAAUUUUUUUAAAAAAACAAUGGGGCUUUACAAUAGGGUGUGAAAGUAAAUAACUCAACUGAAACUAGCAGAGGAUUGGAAUUUUUUUUGGCAUUGAAGGGCGUGGUACCCUCUGUCCCUUAUAAGAAUGGUUACUGUGUCUUUUGUAUGACAGUUGAACAGGUUCGGGUUAAUCAUUUAGCUGAGAGGCUUUGUUUUUCUCUGAAAGAGUCAAAGUUGUAGCCUACCUGUAAAUGGGUGAGUUCCUCUCUGGCUCGCCUUCGAAUGCUUUCAGGUUAUCCCAAGAUAAUUAUUGAGAAAAGAGAGCAGGCUUUUCCAACAUUCUCCAUAAAAGCUGAGAAAAGCCAAGCACUAGGAAGAUUGCUUCCACCCCUCCUUCCAAAAGCAGAAUCAUUCCCCAGCCCUCCCUACCAGUCCUCCCAUUUCAAGCAAGCUUGACCUUGUGAAGAAUGGACAGGAGUGGAACUGGGAGCAGGAAGGGAUCACUUAAAACAGGAGAGACCUGUAAAAACUAGCUUGGACACUCCUGAACAUGCUCAGCAGGUUCAUUUCCUGUUGGGGUGCCUGUACACUACUUUUCUGUGCCCCUUGAUUUAAGGAAUUGGACUGGGAUGUAUUAUUUUACCUGUAAAAGUAAAAUAGAAACAAAUCAUUUUUAAAAAAUGAAAGCAGUUCCUUCUGCUUUCUUCAGACUCCCAAUAACUACAGGCUGAAGGAAGUGGUUCCCUCUGCACACUAACCUGGGAGUAAGCUCAGUUGAACACAAGCAGGACUUAGGCAUCUAAAACAUGCAACAGUUAGAUCAGUUUAAGAUUGGUUGAAGCAUUGGAGGUGUACUAAAUUAUGUGGGGGAGGGUAGAAAAACAUGCCCUAUAUAGUACAAAGAUGUAUCGCUCUGGUUAAAGGAACCAAAAUUUGAUCCCCAUGAUACAAGCACUUAGUAUAACUUUGCAGCCAUUUUAUAUUUCAUUAUAUAUCUUCACAACAGCCACAUGAGAAAGGUUGGACUGAGAGUUGGUGAGUGGUCCAAGGCAGGAUGUGAAGAAAAAUAGUGAUGAGUUUAAAAUGUGAAACUGCACAUGCUCAGCUUAUUUUUUGUAGUCCACAUAACUUGUGCCUUAAUACGUAAGAUACCCUAUUUUGUGGUUCCUUAUUUAAUGUGUUCCUUUUUGGAAGAAAGGGACAUUGUUUAAGGAUUUGCUCCCGGACCCCUAGCCAUCUUAAUUUGAUGUUAAUUUUGGAGGUACUGUAUAUGAAAUAAACAGCCGUAGCAAAAACCUGGUGUUCAUUCAGAAACAACUCCUACCUUUGUGUGAAAAAAGAAAGUCUUCAAGAGAGUUGAAACCAUAAAAUGGGAAUGAAAAGCAUGGGGGUUGUAUUCUGCAAACACCUCCAAGUUCUCCCCUUGGAAUAUUGUUACAUAUAGAUGUCUUUCAUGUAUCCCAUUUCUAAUAGUAAAUAUGGCUUCUAUGCCAAAAGGAGGGUGAAAGGGAAAAUCUUUAAACUGUUACAUGUUCUUUUAAGUUUUUAUUUUUCAAAUCUGGUCUUAACACACUAGCCCUUUAAAGUUCUGCACUCUGAUUUUCCCACCACCACCUUCACCAGGCUCCAAUAAGUACAUUUACUUUUCAGGCGUUGGACUAGUAAGACUAUACGUAGCUGUGAUGUAUGUUGCUGCUGUAAACCGAACACACACACACACAGGCGUUAGAGAUAGCUCUGACUGGUGCUUUUUAAAAUUGCCUGGUUAAUAUUUAGCUACAAGAUAUGCACGGCUUGACUAAUUGAACUUCUUUUCUCCUCAGAACUUCCUUUUCUGCUUUCGAAAGUAAGGAAGUGGUCUAGCCGAUUACUCAAAGAGCGCGGAUCAGAAAUAGUUCGACGUGGGGAACUGUUCUAAGAAGUGCUACUUUUAUAUAACCACCCUUGAUCUUGCUGAAUUUUUCUUAAAAAAUUAAAAAUGGCUGGUGUCAGCAGCUGCAUGAAGUACUCUAUGUUCAUCUUCAACUUUUUGUUCUGGGUAAGUCUGAAUUGUUCAAAAUGAUUGUCAUGCGAAACAAAGCGAAUUCAAGGGAUACUGAAACAGCAGUUAAACAAUAACGAGGUAUUUGUAGAACAGCAUUAUUGCUGAUAUUUAACAGGUGCUUGCUAUCUGGAAACAGUUGGAGACUCUUUCAUUUCAACAUGCUUUUCUAGCAAGAUGUAAAGGUGUUCAUUUUGUAUUGUUUUUAAAUCUAUCCUUUGGCAGUGCUUUAAAAACUAUUAUUGUAUGUUUCUGUUGUAUGUUAGUAGAUUGCAUUGAGACUCAUGUGAAAGGCAAUUCAUUAAUUAGUUGAGUGUUGUUGCUGUUUUUUUAAAAAAUAUGUUUGUAAAUCACCCUGAGAUACACGUGAAAGGCAAUUCAUAACUUUUAAAAAACCACAAUUGGGUGGGGAGUAGGGUGAAAUUCCAAGGGCAAGCUCAGAACCCAGGCCUUUCUAAUGCCCCCUAAAUUCAUGUGGCCAAAAUGACUUAUAUUUCAGUAGUUUGGUAUAGCUGAAGCACAUGGGUCGGACAGCACAUUAAAAGGGUGUUGGGGGAAGAAAGGCAUUGUUUUAAUGUUGCUAAUAAUACACUGACCACCAGUUGGGUACCUGCAUGCAGUCAGCCAUCUGCCACCAACCCAAAGGAGCGUGAAACUUCUAUCUCUCCUGAUAUUUCUAGAUGAUUAGUGCUCAGAUUUCUGAAGAUCUUGACCAAAAUUAGGACUAAUUGUAAUAGUGGCUUGGGAAUGGAAAGGCACAGAGUUGAAACUUCAGUAUUUUGUGUGUCUAUUGCAUGGGCAUAGCCAGGAUUUAUAUUGGGGGGCAUGGUUUAUGUUAGGGGAGGGCAGAACCCUCAGGUGGUUAAGUAUUUUUAUUGAUUGGGGGGCAAUUGCCCCCUUGGCAACGCCCAUGGUCUAUUGACUGGUGCCAUAGCUGUCAACGUUUCCCCUUUUUUAAGGGAAAUUCCCUUAUUCCGAAUAGGAUUCCUCACAAGAAAAGGGAAAAGUUGACAGCUAUGACUGGUGCAUACUGGAAAAACCCAUAAUGUCUUCCUCAGAAUCAAUGACUUCCUCAUUCUUUUCAAGUUACUUCAAUGAGAGAAUGCAAAUGCAUUCAUGAUAUCCCUGGAGGCGUUUGUGAACUAAAACCCUUCAGGUCAGAGCUGUUACUUGUAUGAACUUUUGGGAGUAAAUCCCAUUCCCAAAUUCUUAGCAAGACAUAUUGCAAUAUGUACCCAGUCACAAAAAUCAUUUAGAGAUAUUCCUAUGUCUAAAACAUUUAUCAUGUAACUUCCUCCUCAGAUUGAAACUAUAAUGUUUUGCUUUAUUUUGGCCUAAGCCCUCGCUUUCAACACACAUAAUCCUUCAUCCUUCUCCUACUCUCUCUCUCUCUCUGCCUGCUUAUAUCUCUGUUUUAGUCAUGGCCUACUGGCUUUCCAUCUAUAACAUCUCCAAAAUUCAUCCUUUUAAAUCUAUGAACUCUACUGAUUCUCAGCGCCGUCCCACCCACGAGGCAGGGUGAACCAGCCGCCUCAGGCAACACCCCCACGGGUGCCCCACUGCUUCAUAUUGCCACCACACAACCUAGGCAAGAGAUGUGGUGGCAGCAGGGCAAGGCGAAACAGGAUGCAUCCCCCCUACUGAUUGUCAUACAGACCUGCUUUCUAGUAUAUGCAUUGUUAGUUCAUCGUACUUCUUGCCUUCCAGCAGAAACUUAUAUCUAUUUUCUUCACACUCAUUGUUUCCCCACUUACGGUUGUGGAGAAGAACUAUAGCUUUGCAUGCAGAAGGUCCCAAGUUCAAGCCAUAGCACCUAGCUUUUCUAUGAAUAGUAAAUAAAAGAAAAGCUUGACUGGGGGACAAAAGAAUGUAGCUUGCAUUUUCCGUUCAGCUUUGUCGGUUCCACUUUUUCUAGAUACAUGCCAUCCCAUCAUCCUGCAGCACUAGCCUCUUGCUUCUGCUGCCCACAAGAACCAGAGGCUUAGGCAAGUUGUGUGUUUAGGCCCCUGUCUGUGUGGUGGGUACGGGGCCUACUACAAAUCACUUGGCCAGGACCCACCAAAAUCUGGAGCCAGCUUUGAAUAAUUCAGAGGGACUAAUAUAGACACACACACAAAGAGAGAGAGACAGACAGACAGACAGACAGACAGACAGACAGCAAGAGGUCCAUGCACACCUUAUGCUUCUAAUCCAUCUUGAACUCUGUUAUGCUGAUGGGCAGGUUAGCAAUAUUUUAAAUAAAGACAGCCACAGCCUUUCCACUAUGUGAUAAGGCAACAGCCGCUGUGUUCUCAGCUGCAGAUAAUUUUAAUACAACCUGAUGAAAGGUAUCUGUUGAUCAGCCAUUCAAACAACUGUACAGACUGGGGCUUCUGGUUAGUCUGCACUUAAGUACAGUUAAUGAUCCGGUCCUGCUUGUGGAAAUCUGCCCUUGAGCUGCCUGCAUAUUGUAAGUUGUCAAAGCAUGAGGAUACCUCUAGAAGUACAGAAUUUAUCUACCAUAUGAUCUCUCACUCACUCAAUCACACACACACACAACCUGCAGUCUUUAAGCCAUAUCUGCACACCAAGAUUUUGUGCAGCCUCUCUGUAAAAGUGGGUGGAGCAACAGCUAUGACUUGUACCUGUGUAUUCUAGGCUGCAUUCUAGCCACACAAAAGCCAGAGGUUUCCACACACAGAUACACACACUCUAACCAGACAGGCAAGAGGCAUUGGAUAGUUCAGAAUCAUAUUCUAUCUAGAUGAAAGCACCUGAGGACAACAUGGAACAGGACUGGAUAGGGCUGUGGCCUCAGGGGGAGUCCUGAGAGCUAAACAGAGAUGCCUAGGGGACCACAUUUAGACAGGUUCCUCACUGCUGCUGAAGGACAACCCGAGGUUGAGGCCUGGGAGCUGCCACCUCAGCACUACAUAGUUGCCAUUUUGAAUUGAUCUACUUAUCAACUUUUGGGCUAACACAUGGAGCAGACUGCUGUUACGUUUCAGAGUUUGCAUGUCUUGUGAAGCACUGUAUGGUUUCAGACCAAGGAUCAGUGCUGGAACCCACGCCACACAUAGCUGAGGGUUUUUAUCCACCUGCUGUAUGUGAAUAAGUAGUUAUUGGUGGGGAGUGACCCUGAGAUGGAAGAGAAGCGGUGUGCUGAUGGGCGGCACAGUGGAGUGGCCAUGCGGUCGGGUGGCAGUGGUCUCCCAACAGCAGUGUUGCUGCCACUUACUGGGAUGGUGCAAAUUUGGGACUGUGGGCAAACUGUUGGGAGCACUAGUUUUGCUCCUCUCUGCUGUCCUGCCCCAUACCAGACCAUCACGGUAAGCGACAGUAACACUGCUGUUGGGAGAGGGGCCAUUAGGUCCUACCCCAUCACCCUGGUUGCAUCUAUGCAUGUGCUCUAAGCCCAGAUGAAGAUGUUAACUGGACACCUGGAAGAGGGCUGAAACCUGGGAAACUUGACUCUGUGUGUUCAUGGUCCAUGCUGUCAGAUUUUUGACCAAAUCAUCCUCUAAAGAGCCAGUGUGGUGUAGUGGUUAAGAGCGGUAAGCUCGUAAUCUGGUGAACCGGGUUCGCGUCCCUGCUCUUCCACAUGCAGCUGCUGAGUGGCCUUGGGCUAGUCACACUUCUUCUCAGCCCCACUCACCACACAGAGUGUUUGUUGUGGGGGAGGAAGGGAAGGAGAUUGUUAGCCGCUUUGAGACUCCUUCGGGUAGUGAUAAAGUGGGAUAUCAACUCCUCCUCCUCCUCCUCCUCCUCCUCCUCCUCCUCCUCCUCCUCCUCCUCCUCCUUCUUCUUCUUCUUCUUCUUCUUCUUCUUCUUCUUCUUCUUCUUCUUCUUCUUCUCCUCUAAAGGAAAAUUAGGAGCAAAACACCAGCCAGGGACAGUUCCUGGCAAACUGAGACUGGAGAGCUGGAACACAUGAUAUUAUUAUAUCUACUCCAUGUGAUUGUAUGCACUGAACUUGCAAGCAGGCAUCUGUUGAAAAGUAAUUGUUUUAUAUUCUGUUUACACUGCUGAUCAAUGUCUUUCCAUAAACAGAUGUGUGGAUGUGCUAUUCUGGCAGCCUCUAUUUACAUGCGUGUGAACAAAGAUGCUCAAGAAGUAAGUUUGUUUUUCACCAUAUUAUUUAUCCUUAUUUUUCUAUAUUAUUUCUCCAUAAUUUGUUGAUCCCAAAAUGGUCUGGGCAUCCAGUCUUGUGCUUUCCAAGAAAUAAUGGGUGUUUUUUUAAAUUAUCAUUUUUAAAAUUUUAGAAAUAUAAUUUUAGAAAUCCAUAAUUUGCCUUGACCUCCUUUUGAUUCAAGACACAUUUGAGAAAGAAGAAAGCUUGGUCCCAUGUGUUGGGCUCCUGUGAAGAGAAACCUCCUUCAUUUAAAGUGUGAGCCUUAUCUCAGCUACCCACUGCUUCAAAAAUAUAUUUCAUUCUUAGAAACAUAAUGAAAAACAUCAUUCAAUUGAUUUUUGGGGGGUGGGAGGUAGGGAUGUAAGUAGUACCACUAUGUUCAUUGGGAUUUACUCUGUGCAUAGGAUUGCAGGUUUAAAAUCUUGAAUAAUCCAGAGAUGCACUCGAGUUGUAUUAAUUUGAAUGCUCUUUUGAAGAGAGAGAGAAAAAGAGGUGUGCUGAAGACAUUUUAUUUAUGUGAUCAAGGACAAGACACCUGAUUUCCACUUUAAACAUAAUAUAAGGAAUGUAGAUGAGUAUAUGAAUGCAUGCUACAUUUUAAGUAAUAUGCAUACAGUGGUGCCUCGCAAGACGAAAUUAAUUCGUUCCGCGAGUUUUGUCGUCUUGUGAUUUUUUUUGUCUUGCGAAGCACGGUGUCAGGAAAGUUUUGGAAAAGCUUCAAAAAUCACCAAAGUCUUUAAAAACCUCAAAAAAGGCUACCACACCGCGUCCUAUGAGUUGCUCCUCAAAGUCAAGUCGCAACUGUAUUAACGGUGUUAAGAAAAAGGAAACAAACUUGCAAGACGUUUCCGUCUUGCGAAGCAAGCCCAUAGGGAAAAUCGUCUUGCGAAGCAGCUCAAAAAAACGAAAAACCCUUUCGUCUAGCGAGUUUUUCGUCUUGCGAGGCAUUCGUCUUGCGGGGCACCACUGUAUACAUUUUAAGCCAAAUCCAAUAAUAAUAAUAAUAAUAAUAAUAAUAAUAAUAAUAAUAAUAAUAAUAUAUUUCUUAUUUAUACCCCACGCAUCGGGCUGGGUUUCCCCAGCCACUCUGGGCAGCUCCCAACAGAAUAUUAAAAACACGAUAAAACAUAAAACAUAAAAAACUUCCCUAAACAGGGCUAUGACUGGCCUGCUGCUGGAGUCAAUGCAGUCAUCUUCUCCUCUAAAAACCUGUCCAUCCUCCAACACCAUCAUCUGAAACCUUUCUUUGGGUGCCUCCACUAACUGAAGUCACUGGAGAGGCAAUCCUGGAAGUAGAGUUGCAACUACAGUGACACCAUCAUGAGCACAAAUCACCGUGCGCAAUAAAAAAAGGAUAUUUGGAGGUGCCCAAAAUCUGCACCGUUAUCCCUAUGUUUAUUUACAUCAGAACAUUUCUACGCUGCUUGAUUGUAAGAAAUAAUAAUAAUAAUCUCAAAGCUGUUUCCAAAAAGAAUAAUAAAACAAUAAUAUUGUCACUGAAAGCAGCUUUUUUAAAAGCAUUCCCAAAUAAUUAAAAUCAAUGAUGAGCUAAAAAUAGAUUAAAACACACAUCGAGAUAUCUAGGUAGGCAUAUGUUGUCUAAAUAAAAAUGUUUUUAGCAUCUGCCAGAAAGAAUACAGUGAUAUCAAUGAGCAGGGAGUUCCAAUGUGUGGGCUCUGCUGCACUAAAAAAUUAAUUUCUUACAAAAGCAGAACGAGUAUUAUGUGGUCUCUGUAACAGUGCCCAUUCCACGAAUUGAAGCGGUCAAGUGGGCAUAUACAGAGCAAGGUGACCUCACAGGUAAACUGGUCCCAAGUUGUUAAGGAUUUUAUAAACUGAUAGUAAUAAUUUGAAUGUUACCUGGUAGCAAAUGGGCAACCAGUGCAAGCCUCUGACCAGUGGUGUCGUAUGCUGACAGGGUCUCACUCCUUUUUUUUUUUUAAUAAUAAUUUUUUAUUCAUUUUCCAAACAUUUUUAUACAAUCAACUCAUAUUAACUCUCACAUUCAUCAAUUUUUGACUUCCCUCAGUUUCUCUGCCAAUCUUUCGUUAAAAUUUCUAUUGUUAACGCAUUUCUGAACUUAUUAUUGCCUUUAACCAUUCCUCUUCCUUUCUCCUACUUUCUUUUUUACAAUAUUUCUUAAUUUUUCACAGAGACUCUUCAAAACCAACAAGCGUUGUCUGUGCAUCACAUAUGCUUUUCAGAUAAUCUGUAAAUUUCCCCCAGUCCUCGAUAAACUUUUGGUCUUUCUGAUAUCGAAUCUUCCCAGUCAGUUUAUCCAAUUCCGCAUAUUCAGUCAGUUUCAUUCUCCAUUCUUCCACAGUUGGAAUUUCUUCCUGCUUCCAUCUUUGCGCCAGAAGUAUUCUUGCAGCUGUUACAGCGUAUUGGAAAAGUUUACAAUCUUUUCUAUUAAUUUCAUUACCUACCAAUCCUAGUAAGAAGGCUUCUGGUUUUCUAACAAAUGUAUAUCUCAACAUCUUUUCAAUUCCUUAUAUAUCGUUUCCCAGAAGCCUUUCACCUUUUGCAUUCCCACCACAUAUGAUAGAAAGUUCCUUCUUUUUCUUUACAUUUCCAACACUUGUUACAUGUUUUAUACAUUUUAGCUAAUUUAACUGGCGUUAUGUACCAUCUAUAUACCAUUUUCAUUACAUUUUCCUUCAACGCGGUACACGCCGUAAAUUUUAACCUUUCAUUCCAUAAUUUCGUCCAAUCAUCAUAUUGUAUAUUAUAACCAAAGUCUCUGGCCCAAUGUAUCAUUACUGAUUUCACCUCUUCAUCUUUUGUAUGCCAUUCCAACAACAUUCUAUACAUUUUAGACAAAUUUUUAUACUCAUUAUUCAAUACCUUUAUUUGAAAUUUUGAUUCUUUUCCUUCAUAUCCACACAUUUUACAGUCUUUUUUAAACAUUUCACUAAUCUGGUAGUAGUGCAACCAAUCAUAAACAAAUUCUUUCACCUCUUCAUAAGUCUUCAUUUUCCAUCCCCCCCCCUUACUAUCAAUUCUCCAUAAGUUAUCCACCUCCCCCUCAUGUUUAUCUUUUUCACACUCAUCACUUCCAAUGGUGAAAGCCAAUGGGGGAGUCUUGGUUCCAACAAAUUUUUAUACCUCUCCCACACCUCUAUCAAUGAUCUUCGGAAGAUGUGGUUUUCAAAUCCUUUAUGAAUUUUUUUCUUUUCAUACCACAGAUAUGCAUGCCACCCGAAUCUAUUAUCACAUCCUUCUAAAUCUAACAACUCUCCAUUCACUAAUUUAAUCCAUUCCUUUAACCAACAGAGGCAUGAUGCUUCAUAAUAUAGUUUCAAGUCUGGCAGGGCGAAGCCACCUCUUUCUCUCGCAUCUGUUAAUAACUUAAACUGAAUCCUUGGCUUCUUGCCCUGCCAGAUGUAUCUUGAAACUAUUUUUUUGCCAUUCUUUGAAAAUUGAUGCCCCUUUAAUUAUCGGUAGUGAUUGGAAUAGAAAUAACAUCCUUGGCAGCACACUCAUCUUUAUCGUAGAUAUCCUUCCCCAAAAAGAUAGCUUCAAUCUUCCCCACACCUCCAGAUCCCUUUUUAUCCCAUUCCAAACAGGUACAUAGUUAUUUUGACACAAAUCAAUAUUCUUGAGGGUUAACCAUACUCCUAAAUAUUUCACUUUGUUCACCACUUCCAGCCCUGUACUUUGUUGCAUUUCCUCUAUUAAUUCUUGGUCCAUAUUUUUCGCAAUAAUUUUGGUCUUUCUCCUGUUUAAAUAAAAACCUGCAACUUGACCAAAUUGUUCUAUUUCUUCUAGGAUUCUUUUAACACUUCCCACUGGCUCUUCUACCAUCAUUACAAGAUCGUCCGCAAAUGCUUUGACUUUAUAUUCAUUUUUCCCUACAGACACCCCUUUUAUUUCUUCAUUUUUCUUAUUGAUUUUAGCAGAACCUCCAGCACCAAGAUGAAUAAUAAUGGUGAUAAUGGGCAUCCUUGUCUUGUACCCUUUGUUAUUUUAAUGUCUUCCGUUGUAUAAUUGUUUACUAUCAACUUCGCUUUUUGCUCUGUAUAUAUUGCCUUUAUUCCAUUAAAAAAUUCCGUACCUACGUCCAUAUGUUCCAAAUUUUUUAACAUAAAGUUCCAUGAUAUAUUGUCAAAGGCCUUUUCCGCAUCCACAAAGAUUAACAUGGCUUGUUUCUCAUUCCUGGCAUUCAGAUAUUCUAUUAUAUUUAUUAUAUUUCUUAUAUUAUCUUUCAUCUGUCUGCCAGGAAGGAAACCCGCCUGAUCCUUAUGUAUAAGGUCUUGCAGUACUUUUUUCAUUCUCUUUGCUAAUAUACUUGCAAAGAUUUUGUAAUCAGUGUUCAACAGCGAAAUAGGCCUAUAAUUUUUAACUUGCGUUAAGUCCGAUUCUUGUUUUGGGAUAAGUGUAAUAAAGGCUUCUUUCCAAGUUUCCAGUAUUUCCCUAUUCUUCAAGAUAUUGUUUACAACUUCUUUCAGUGGUAUAAGUAGGGUGCUUCUCAUUUCCUUAUAGUAUCUAGCUGUGAAUCCAUCUGGUCCUGGGGCUUUCCCCUUUUUCAAUUUGCUUAUCGCCUCUUUAAUUUCUUCAGUUUCAAUUGGGGCAUUCAAGUUAUCUUUUUUCUCCGUCGGGAUCUUCUGCACUUCUUUUUCCUUUAAGAAUCUUUCUAUCUUCCUCAUAUUAUUCUUUUCCUUGUUUUUGUAUAGUUGUCUAUAAAAGUCCAGGAAUCCUUUUCUAAUUUCUUUCAGGUCUUCUAUUUCCUUACCUUCAAUUAUGAUUUUGUUUACUGUAUUCUGCUCUUUUCUUUUCUUUAUCUACCACGCCAGCCAUUUUCCUGAUUUAUUCGCAAAUUCAAAAUUUCUUUGUUUCAUUCUUUUUAUGUUCCCUUCUACUUCCUUAUUUAUUAUUGUCAGGGAACUGCCAUCGGACGGAAGGGAGGUGAAAGGGCUCACACAGGUUGGGAGAGACGCAGCAGCUGAAGAGGGAACCAGCAGGGAGGUGAAAGGGCUCACACAGGUUGGGAGAGACGCAGCAGCUGAAGAGGGAACCAGCAGGGAGGUGAAAGGGCUCACACAGGUUGGGAGAGACGCAGCAGCUGAAGAGGGAACCAGCAGGAGGAGAGGAGCUGAGCUGGAGGGAUGGCUCAGAGACACUUCCAGCAAAAACAGUGGGGAGGUUUCAGGACCUCCUGUAAGAACACCCACUCCUCGCCGGAAACUGUCACGCAGAGAUUCCAGAAGACGUGUUUCCGUUAAGGAGCUUUUAUGUUGGAAGCGAUUACGAAAGCAACCACUGUCGGAAUCUGCUAGUGACUAGAGGGGCCAUGUCUGAGGGGCUCCGUCACAGACAGAGGUUUGUGGACUUGUACAAACUCUGAGGGGAUACGCUUUUACGCACAAGCAGCUCAUCAUCCCAUCACAGCAUUCCGACAGUCUUUGAAAGCAGCUUGUGCAGGAGAAGGCAUCAUGAGCAACCCAGCCGGAACCGGAGAAGCAGGAGCUGGAGUGGGUCCAAGCCUGGAAGAAAGGUACCGGGUGUUGGAGGUCCAGCUAGCGAUGCAGACGGCGAGGCUUGAGGAGAGGAGGGCUCAGGAUGCAGACCAAAAGGGAAAGCCACCCAGCUCGCCAGAAAGGUACCAGGAUUGGUGCAGAAGUUUGGGGAGCCCAAAACUAUCAUGGCUUUCGGACAGAAAUGCAAUAUGCCCUCAAUCUGCAGUUUGAUGAAUUCCCUGACGAGGAAUCACGAGUGGCUUUCGUGAUUGAGCAUCUUGAAAGGGGGCGAGAGACUGGGUUAGACCCCUGAUGGCAGCGAAUAGUGACGUCCUAAAGGACACAAUGAAGUUCUUUCGCGCCAUGGAUCUGAUGUUUUCCAGCGAUAUUGAAAAGGGAGUGGUGCGCAGACAGUUAAUGGGUUGCAAACAGGGAGCCGAUCUGUCCGUGAGUACUGGACUGAGUUCACCAUGCUUGUUCACAGAUUGGGGUGGGACUUAUCGGCGGAACCCAUUCAAAUGCUCUUUGAAGAAGGGCUUUCUUCGGCUGUGAAAGACGAACUUUCCCGGGCGCCCAGGGCGGAGUCUAUGGACCAGCUGACCAAAUCAGCGCUGGCCAUAGGAGCGCGCCAGGAGGCGAGAGCAUUGGAGAGGCGGGAAGGGAAAGGGGAACGUUGGAAGGAGUUCCGCAUUCCAGACAUUCCAGAGCCAACUUUCCCACCGGCAGAGCAGAUGGAAAUCGGAACAGCGCGCGCGCGCGCAGUUACAAAGCCCAGAGAGGUGGCAAAUAAGGCGGUACAAGGCGCCCGGAAAUGCUAUCUCUGCCAACAGCCAGGUCACUUUGCCAGAGUCUGCCCCCAGAGGAAAGAAUGGCAAGGGAUGGUAGGAGCUGUGGAUGGAAGAGAGGAAGAAAUACCGGAGCAAGUAAAAGCCAACGCCUGGCUGCCACUGUCAGGGCACAGCAGCCAGGCCAAAGAGCAGUGAGAGUGCCCACGCCAGAACCUCCUAAACCCGCCCUAGUGAUAGAAGUGACGCUAGAGCUGCCAAACGGACACCCUCUAAAGAUAAAGGCGCUGUUGGACUCAGGCAGCUCCUGCAAUUUCAUGAGCAAAGAGUUUGCAGCUGAACACCAGAUACAGACAAUCCCUUUAAGCAGGUGACCACGAUCGAUGGCAGGGAGCUGUUGGGGGGAGAAGUCAGCUUGCAGACCGUCCCAAUGAUAAUGAAGGUAGCAAGGCACACCGAACUGAUAGCUUUUAAUGUGGCCACCUUGGGAGGAGCUCCCAUUAUAUUGGGGAUGAGCUGGCUAGCGUUACAUGAUCCGCUGGUGGGCUGGCAUCAGAGAGUGGUUUCUUUUGGUUCAGCACAUUGCUUAGAACACUGCAAAGAGGGAAAGGGUUUGGCAGGGGUCCAAGCCACCCUAGCAGGGACUGAAGUAACAGAGAACGUGAAGGUACCACGACAAUAUGCAGAUCUCCGUGACGUCUUCAGCGAAAGGGAAGCUGACCAACUACCCCGCAUAGACCCUUUGACUGUCAAAUCAAUUUACUCCCUGGAGCACAGCUCCCUGUAGGCAAGCUGUACGCCAUGUCAGACAGAGAGAUGCAGGAGUUAAGAGAGUUCAUUGACAAGAACCUGAAGAGAGGGUUCAUCAGAGAGUCCAGGGCGGUGGGGGCAGCCCAGUGUUUUUGUGGAUAAGAAAAACACGAACAAGCCGAGGCUGGUGUGUGACUUCAGGGCCUUAAAUGCAGUGUCAGAACCAGUAGCCUUCCCUAUGCCCAGGAUUGACGACAUUUUGACAAGGGUGCGGAAGGGAAAGAUUUUCACAAAGCUGGACCUAAGGGGGGCGUACAACCUGGUACGAAUAAGGAAGGGGGAUGAAUGGAAAACCACUAUGUUCACCCCUUUAGGGGCAUUUGAAUAUUUGGUUAUGCCCUUCGGCCUACAAGCAGGCUCCGCAACAUUUCAAUCGUUUAUGAACCACGUCCUGGGGCCUUUGCUUUACAAGAAUUGUGUGGCCUUUUAGACGACGUGUUGGUUUAUUCUGAGAAUGAGGAGCAGCAUGUGAGAGACGUCAGAGAAGUGUUGAGCAGGCUGCAAGCCAGCCAGCUGUGGGUGAAACUGGAGAAGUGUCAGUUUCACACCAAGGAGGUGGAAUUCCUGGGGUAUCGCCUGUCAGACAAGGGAUUGGCCAUGGAUCCCGGCAAGGUCCAGGCGGUGCUGGAAUGGAAAACACCCAAAACAAAGAAGGAUGUGCAGAGGUUCCUAGGAUUUGGGAACUUCUAUCGUAAGUUCAUCCGAAGCUUUGCCCACCUGACGGCGCCCAUUACGGACUGUCUCAGCAGUAAGAAGAAGUUCGUGUGGACUGAGGAGGCGGAGCGAGCAUUUGAGGAACUAAAGGGCCUUCGCCUCGGAACAACAACUCCUGCAUGUGGAUUUACAAAAACCGAUGAGAGUGGAAACUGACGCAUCAGACAGAGCGAUUGGGGCGGUGCUUCUGCAGCCAGGGAAGAAGGGGUCAGAGUGGAGACCGUGUGCCUUUUUCGCGAAAGCUGAACAAAUCCGAGAGGAACUACACGGUGUAUGACCGAGAACUACUAGCCAUUCAUGAGGCGUUCCGGAGAUGGAGGCACCUGCUAAUUGGCGCACAACAUAAGGUGCAAGUGUGCACUGACCACAAGAACCUAGAGUAUUGGAGGACGGCACGAGUGCUCAACCAACGGCAAGUGAGAUGGGCCCAGGAGUUCUCCAAAUUUAACUUUGAGAUUAGUUACGUGCCAGGCCCAGAGAACAUUAGGGCGGACGCUCUCUCACGCAAACCUGAAUAUUUGGAGGGGAGGGGCACCCGAAGAGAGACAUGUCAUUCCAGAGGACCGCUGGGUGUGUGGGGCGGCAUUGGUGGGACAAAGAGAACUGGUAGAGGAAACAGAGAAUGAUGAAUACGCCCAGAAUAAGCUCAGAGGUCUUAGGGGUGAGGGAGAGGAACCAGGGGGUUUCGAGGAAAGAAAUGGAGCUUUGUAUUACAAAGGGGCACUGUAUAUCCCUGAAGGAGAAUUAAUGGGGAGGGUACUCAAGCAGUUGCACGACAGCCCUACGGCGGGGCAUUUUGGACAACACAAAACCAUGUGGUUGGUCACCAGGGAAUUUUGGUGGCCUAAGGUGAGGGAAGAUGUACGUGAGUAUGUAAGAGGGUGCGAGCAAUGCCAGCGAGCCAAAGGGGAAAGGCGGGCGCCGGCGGGGCUAUUAGAACCCUUACCAACCCCAGAACGACCUUGGGAGGCAGUGUCGAUAGAUUUUAUGACUGAUCUGCCGAAGUCCAAAGGGAAAACAGCCAUCAUGGUGGUGGUAGACCUACUAACAAAGAUGUGCCACUUUGUAGCUUGCUCGCAUGCAGUCACGGCGGAAGAGACAGCGAAGUUAUUUGUAGAACACAUUUUUAGGUUGCACGGGUGCCAUUGAGGGUGGUCUCAGACCGAGGAAAACAAUUUACUUCCAGGUUCUGGAGGAAGCUCAUGAGCUUACUGCAGGUGGAGGUCAAUUUUUCGACUGCCCGGCACCCUGAAACCAACGGGCAGGCGGAAAGAGCAAACGGUGUCCUCCAGCAAUACCUGAGGUGUUAUGUCAAUGACAGAGAGAAUGACUGGGUAGAAAAGUUGGCGCUGGCGGAAUUUGCCUACAACAAUGCCGAGAAUGUGUCCACAGGGAUGAGCCCCUUCUUGGCUAAUUAUGGGUGUCAUCCCAGGGCUUUCCCAGGGGAGAUGGGGAGAGAUGGAGCGUCCCGGCAGCCGAGCAUUUUGUGGAAGAAAUGGAAGCAAUCCAUUGUCAGCUCCAACUCAACUUAGAAAGGGCGAAGGAAGAAUACAAGAGGCAGGCAGACAAGAACCGAAGGGAAGGUGAAACCAUAAGGGUGGGAGAUAGGGUGUGGCUGUCAACCCAAGGGUUGCCGUUCAAAGGAGGUUAUAAGAAAUUAAGACCCAGGAGGUUGGGUCCCUUUGAGGUCAUUCAACAGGUCAAUCCAGUGGCUUUCAGGCUCCAGUUACCCAACCACAUGAAGCUGCACCCAGUAUUUCACAGGUCGUUACUGUCACCGUACGAAGGGGGACGAGAAGGACUGGCCACUCGGGGACCGGUCGUAGAAGAAAGAGAAUGCAGCAGCCAUGUGGCAGAAAUCCUCGACGCCAGGUGGUAGGGUGAUCAGGUGGAGUAUUUGGUAGCGUGGGAAGGAGAACCGGAGUCAGAAAACACUUGGGUAAUGGCUGAAGAUAUCAAUGACGAGGUAUUGAUAGAAACGUUCCAUCAAAGGUUCCCAAGGAAACCUCAGCCUGUGGAGAGGUUCCGGAGGGAAUACUUUGGGACCACUGAUGAAGGGGAGGAGUUGGAAGGAUUCCCGGACUCGGAAGGGGAAGGGGAGAUGGACUCUGAGGAGGAGGUGUACUUCGAGACCAGGAACCGCAACAGGUUGAGAGAAGUGUUCGAGACAUUGGAAGAUGAAGGAAGUUCAUUCCGGGGUUUUGCCUCCUCACCGCCCGUAGAGGAGGGGGCGAGAGGGGGUGAAGGGGGCCCUGGAGGGGAGGUGGAUGUCAGGGAACUGCCAUCGGACGGAAGGGAGGUGAAAGGGCUCACACAGGUUGGGAGAGACGCAGCAGCUGAAGAGGGAACCAGCAGGGAGGUGAAAGGGCUCACACAGGUUGGGAGAGACGCAGCAGCUGAAGAGGGAACCAGCAGGGAGGUGAAAGGGCUCACACAGGUUGGGAGAGACGCAGCAGCUGAAGAGGGAACCAGCAGGGUGAGAGGAGCUGAGCUGGAGGGAUGGCUCAGAGACACUUCCAGCGAAAACAGUGGGGAGGUUUCAGGACCUCCUGUAAGAACACCCACUCCUCGCCGGAAACUGUCACGCAGAGAUUCCAGAAGACGUGUUUCCGUUAAGGAGCUUUUAUGUUGGAAGCGAUUACGAAAGCAACCACUGUCGGAAUCUGCUAGUGACUAGAGGGGCCAUGUCUGAGGGGCUCCGUCACAGACAGAGGUUUGUGGACUUGUACAAACUCUGAGGGGAUACGCUUUUACGCACAAGCAGCUCAUCAUCCCAUCACAAUUAUCAUUGCAAACUGUGUUUGUAAAGUCUUUAUGUUUUGUCUUAUCUUUUCGUUAUUUGGUUUUUUUAUCAAUUUUUUUCAUUCUCCAUUAUUUGUCUCAAUAUUUCCUUUUUAUUCUCUUCCCUAUUUUUAUUUUUCAGGGCAUUUUGUUGAAUGAAAAAGCCCCUCAUCACAGCUUUGCUGGCAUCCCAGACCGUACUCAUUUUUGUUCCCUUAUUACAGUUAUUUACAAAAUAUUCCGACAGGUUCUUUUGAGCAUUUUCUACUACUUUCUGAUCAUCUAGAAGAUAGUCGUUUAUUCUCCAUCUAAACGUUCUUUCUUCAAAACCCUUUAGUUCAAAUUUUAUUGCACUAUGGUCCGAAAUCACUCUUGGUUGAAUUUCAAUUUUCGAGAUUCUUGGAGUUAAUUCAUUUGAGACCCACACCUGGUCUAUUCUUGACAUGGAUUGGUUUGGUUCUGAAUAAAACGUGAAUUGUUUCUCCAGUGGGUGUCUAAGUCUCCAAAUGUCAAUCAAAUUACAAUUCUUAGUCAUUGAGAAAAAAGUCUUAGGUAAUUUCCCAUCUUUGCUCACCCCUGUUGUUCUCAGUCUGUCCAUUUCCAUUGACACCACUCCAUUCAGGUCUCCCAUUAUUAUAAUUUUCUGAUCCAUAUAUUCGAACAAUCUUUCUUCUAAAUUUUUAUAAAAUUCUGUUUUGUUUCCAUUUGGUGCAUAGAUCCCGACAAUUAUUAUUUUUUCUCCUUGCCACUUAAUUUGAACUGCCAUAACUCUGCCUUCUUCAUCUUUAAAAAUUUGUUGAGCUUCAAUUUUUUUUCUGAUGUACAAAACUAUUCCUCUUUUUUUACUCCUAUCCGAAGAUAUAAAUUCAUUUCCCUGUCUUUUAUUAAUUAAUUUUUUUUAUGUCUUCUUGCCACGUGAGUUUCUUGUCGACAAAUGAUAUCCAAAUUUUUCUUUUUUGAAUGUUGUUCGACUUUAUUUCGUUUUUUAUCGUUAAUCCCAUUAAUAUUCCAAGUCCAUAACUUUAGCUCCGUUUUCACCAUUUUGAAUUCUUUAUUACAAAUUUUAUAAUUCGUCUACCUCUUCUUCUUUCUCUUCUUCUUCCCUCUUUCUUUCUUCCUCUAAUUCAUCCGGGUCCACUCCUCCUGCCGCCUCCAUUCCUGGUUCCACUUCUCUUGUUUCUUCCUCAUCACUUCGCAGCUCUUUAUAUUUUCUUAAAAAGUUUCCUAUUUCUUCCGGGCUCGUGAGUCUAUGUCUUUUACUUUUGUAAAUAAAAGAGAUUCCUUCCGGGUAUUCCCAUCUGAAUUCUAUAUUAUUCUUCCUUAAAAUCUGAACUGUUGGUUUAUAUGGGUCUCUCCGUUUAAGUAGCCUGAUCGGGAUGUCUUUAAAAAUGAUUAUGUAGUUUCCUUCAAUGUUCAGCCUGUUCUCUCUAUUUUUCUGGAGUAUCAAAUUUCUCAUCUCUCUGUCCUUAAAGGUAAUCAGGCAGUCCCCCGGAAAUUUUCUUGCCUUAGCCGAUCUUAUCUUCAUUCGAAAAGCACUUUGCACCGAUCUUGCCACCUCAUCUACAUUCAUCUCCAUCCAUUGUGCAAUCUCUUUUAUUAACUUCUCUUUAAUAUUUUCUCCUUGCACCUCUGGAACCAUCCUCAAUCUUAAAAUCACUUCUCUCUGCCUGAGUUUGUUCAUAGAAAUCGCAUCCCAGACUUCCUCUUGUGUUUUAUUAAUUUCCGACAUUCCCGUCCUUAUUUUUUCUUCCUCCUUCUUCACUUCCCUCAUUUCCAAUCUUGUCUUUUUCAAUCCGUCUUCCAAAUUCUGUGUCCACUUACUCACAUCCUUCAAUUGCCCUUUCAGUUCAUUAACUGUAACAUCAAUUUUUUUGUCCAUUUGGCCCAUUCUCUUGUCCAUUUGCUCUAAUUUUGCUUCUAUAUUAUUUUCACUCUGCUUAAUAUUGGAAUUGAUCUCUGCAAACAUUUUCAAAAUCUCUCCUUUAAAAUCCGCUUCUUGUUUUGAUCCUCUCCUCUCUACCGGUGUUCCUCCCUCCCCCCCUUUCUUUUGUGUAUGAGACAUUGUAAUUAAUUUCCGAACACCUGAUAUGAUAUACAGUCAAAGACAAUCAAUAUAUAUAUGAUCAAUAACAAUCAAUAUUCAAUCUGAAUAUAAAUCAUAAAAUCACUUCUUUUCAAAAAAAAGGCGUCGAAAGAAAAAAAUAAGAAUUUUUACCCUUCUCAAUUCUCAUGCACUUAAACCUAAAUAUUACUCAAUUUAUGUAUAUCAGUUUUUCCAAAAUAGUUUUCACAAAUAUAUACUUAUAGGGGGGAACACCAAUAAAUUUUUAAGAUUCACACUUUUAAAAGAUCAAUCUCCCACUGCAAAAAAGAAAUUAACUUCCUUUCUUCUUUCUUCUUGCCACCACUUAGGCUAUAUCCAUACCUACUUCUUAUUGAAGAAAUACCCUCCGUAUAAUGCUGCUGUACUGUCUAAAUUUUUGUAAUCCAAUGGUUAUAUAUUGUAUCCCCAAAAUUAUAAUUCAAUUAUGUGGCCAAAGUUAUUAAAAAUGCUGAUAGGUGUUCCAAUUAUAUCCAGAAAUGUCCAAGGGGCACCAGGUGUAUCCAGAGGUAGGAAAUAAAGAAGAAGUAUCUAAAGGAGUCUGACCGCCAAUAAUUAUAAAGGCUGCCAGUCUCCUUAUUUUGGAGUGAUAUUUGAGUUCAAAUGUGAAAACAGCAAUAUUUUUAAGUUCAGAUGUAAAAACAGAGGGAGAAGAGAAAAGGAGGAGUGAUCUUUAGUUUGACAGUCCAGACUAAUCCGAUAAUGGGAAAUGAAAAAUAAAAAUAAAAAUGAAACACGGAGGAGUGAUUAGUUCAGCUCCAAUUUUCCUUAGCCCCAAAUAAAAAUAUAGUACUGAAGACAGAUAGCUAAGCUGUUCUUUCUCAGUUCAUUCCGCGGACUCACACAAAAAAAACUUAAAAAAGCAAAAACAACUUGGGUAGAUAGCCUCAUUCCAACAUAGUCCUUUUUUCUUUCCUUUUAUAUUUAAGCGUUCAAAUUUAAUUAAAUUAAAUGCAGAGGUAUCCAAUCAUAUAAGAAAAUUUUUUACUGUUCAAUAUUGUCUUUCCAUCCCUUUAUUAUAUUUUUUGUCGCUGGAUGACUUCCUUCAACUUAAAAUGGAGAAACAAAAGUUCUAUUUCGUUGCGCAGUUUUUUCCAAAACCGAAAGUACCAAGAAGUGACUUUCUUUCUUUAUAACUUCGCUCAGACCGUUCGUUGUAUCAAAGACCUUUUAAAGUCACAAAGUAGUUACCCUCUGCUCCCUCUUUUAGUUAUCCUCUUUUUCUGCAACUUUUUGUUACUUUUGCAACAAUUUAUCUCACUUUUAACAGGGUCUCACUCCUGUCAGCAAUCAGGCUGCAGGAAUCUUCACUAACUUCAGCUUCCAGAUCGAGAGAAGCCCCACAUUUGCAUUCAGGCACACUUCUUGCAGUGAGAGACCCAGCAAAGGCAGAGUCUACAAUCCCACACACACACAUGUACAUUCAUAGGUUCUGUUCAACCUUCCACGGAAUGUAUGGAAGUCAGGCAUGCAAUGAGCAAGCACCUUCCUAUUCCCCAUUAGCCAUGUGUACAUAUUGAGGGGAUAUCCCAUGUGAACAGGCCUUUGAAGCCGAUUUGUUGUUGUUGUUGUUGUUUAAUCGUUUAGUCGUGUCCAACUCUUCGUGACUCCAUGGACCAGAGCACACCAGGCACUCCUGUCUUCCACUGCCUCCCGCAGUUUAGUCAAACUCAUGCUAUCCAACCAUCUUGUCCUCUGUCGUCCCCUUCUCCUUGUGCCCUCAAUCUUUCCCAACAUCAGGGUCUUUUCUAGGGAGUCUUCUCUUCUCAUGUGGCCAAAGUAUCGGAGCCUCAGCUUCACGAUCUGUCCUUCCAGUGAGCUCUCAGGGCUGAUUUCCUUAAGAAUGGAGAGGUUUGAUCUUCUUGCAGUCCAUGGGACUCUCAAGAGUCUCUUCCAGCACCAUAAUCCAAAAGCAUCAAUUCUUCAGCGAUCAGCCUUCUUUAUGGUCCAGCUCUCACCUCCAUACAUCACUACUGGGAAAACCAUGGCUUUAUCUAUACGGACCUUUGUUGGCAGCAUGGUGUCUCUGCUUUUUGAAGCCAAUAGGGCCAUGAAAAAUGUUCCACGCCCCCUGUGCUGCUUUGUGCCCCUUCUCCACUCAUACCUGAGCAAUGCAAAACAGUGCAUUGUAGCAGUUGCUUUGCCCUAAACUGCAACAAUACUGCAGUGCCCUUUGGGUAUUUGGGUGUAAGAUAUAUGCUGUGGCUCAACUCAUGAAAUUGCACUGGUGCAAAUGCCUUUUCCCGCUGAUCCCAUCCACAGUAGACUAGAGGAAAGAGUUGUUGAUUACCUUUCACAUUGCUUUUGAAGAAGAAUGUCCUUUCUCUGUUUACCAUAUUUGCUUCUGUCUCCACAGUCAUUCAACAAAGGCAGUGGCAUGUUUGCCGGGAUUGACCUCCUCAUUGCCGUGGGCGCUAUCAUCAUGGUGAUGGGUUUCCUCGGCUGCUGUGGUGCCAUGAAAGAAAGCCAAUGCAUGCUCCUCCUGGUAAGAGAUUCAAUAACGGGAACUUCAACACUAGCCUCUCCACACCAAUGUUUACAUAGGUGUGCUCACUUCUUGUCUCCUUUCUUUGUCUGUGAUUUGGAGCAUUUUACAGUGGAACAUUCCACAGUGGAACCUCGGUUUUCGAACGUAAUCUGUUCUGGACUUCCAAAAUGUUUGAAAACUGAGGUGCAAAGGGCAGCCUGCAAGUUUACAGAGAAAUUUGAGAAAAACUUAGUGGUACCUCAGCGGAAGCCAUUUGACCGCUGAGGCAUGUUCAAAAAUGGAAGCAUUUCCUUCCAGGUUUUCGGCGUUUGAGUUCCGAAACGUUCGUCAACGGAGAUGUUAAAAAACCGAGGUACCACUGUAUAUUCAAUGAAAUGAUUUAGUGUUUCUAAAAAGUUCCAAAGCGACAGGCAAGAAUUCCCUUCUUUGCAGCUGUGGACUAUGAAGGAAACAUGAGACAGAAGGAUACAGUAAAGGAAUUUGACUCGGAUUAUUAUUGUUAUUAAUUGAAUUAUCAUCAUCAUUUAUUUAUAUAGCGCCAUUAGCACACAUGACUCUAUACAAUUAAAACAUGAAAUUAUACCCCAAGAGACGUACCAUCUAAAUGAACAAAUAUACACAAUACAAUAAAAAUAUAUAGUUUAGCAUGCAUAAUUCACAAGCCAUUAUAUUAGGGAUAAUGUAUAAAGAGUACCUCUUGAAUCAAUAAAAGGCUGAGAAGUUUUUACAUUUCUGAAUCCCUGUUCAGAAGUGUUUACACAGAGGCGAUGAAUUGGGGUCACACCCAAUGACUCCACCACUCCUGAUUACCACACUUUCAAGGGCCCAGUUUGGACACAGCCAGAGCAUAUACAACUUGGAAGCAUACACAGCCUGUUGUCAGCCUCUUCUGGAGUAAAACUAUGGGAGCCAGUUGCAUGUCAUCUAUCCCUCCCUUCUGAACUGAAUUCAAGUCAGACUCCCUGGAGUGCAGCAAGACCAAUACCAGAAACUUGGUUGGUUAACUUUUGUUUUGCUUAAGUAUUUAUGUACUUAAGCCUAGGUGGGUUGUUGUUGUUGUUGUUGUUGUUUUGUAAUACAGUGGUACCUCAGGUUAAGAACUUAAUUUGUUCUGGAGGUCCGUUCUUAACCUGAAACUGUUCUUAACAUGAGGUACCACUUUAGCUAAUGGGGCCUCCCGCUGCUGCUGCACGAUUUCUGUUCUCAUCCUGAGGUAAAGUCUGUAACCUGAAGCAUCUGUAACCUGAAGCGUCUGUAACCCGAGGUACCACUGUACUGAAUUUAUUCUGUUUGGCAUUUAUUUUAUUUUAUUGCUUUUUGACACUUCUGAAUUUACUGACAUGUUCUGUGUUCCUUUCAUGUGUCUUUCCAUUUUCCUGUAUUUGGAUGUUUUUGAAUGUUUCCUGAAAGCAGAUUUGGGCACAGCUCAUUAUGGGGGAAAGCGACAUAUAAGUAAACUCAAACCAUCCAUCAAUUGGUGCCAGGCCAUACCUUCCAUUUUUCUAGAGUAUGGAUUCCACAUAUGGGUGCCUAUGCAUGCAGGUGCUGUGCAAAUGAAUGAUGACUGGAGUCAACAUGUAGUACCAUCAGUCUUCUCUUAAUGCUUUCAUUUCUACACAUUUGAACACAUGAACAGUGCUAGGUACAGGUAUAAUAGGACAAAUCUGGCGACAAGUACAGAAUCAGCAGUGGUGUUUAUUCUGGAGGGUGCAUCAUGAUAACACUCAGAAUGGUAGACCAAGAUCUAUGUGCCAUUUUAUUUAUGUUAAAGGCUUGUAUCUCACUUGCUCACCCCCCCCCCCACAAAUGACUGACAACAGUAAACUAUACAUAUGCUUGAACCAAAUCAAUAAAUGCAUUGAUCAGUCACCAAAUAUACCAACAUCAUAAAACUAUAUAUAUAUAUAAAUUCUAGGAAGAGGAGAACUGCAAAAGGAACAAUGACAAAAUUUGGAAUAGCUUAGCCAACUGUAAAAUGGAGCCUACAAGCAACUAAUAAAUAUAUAUAUAUUUAAUUACAUUUGCACCUCACUUCAAAAUAUGUCAUACAAUGGCCAGAUUACCAGAAAUCUACUUUACCCUGACAUGACCAGGAAAAACUGUCUGCAGACAAACGUUGGUUCCCUUGGCCAGUAAAGCGAGAUGAACGCCGCAACCCCAGAGUCGUUCGCGACUGAACUUAACUGUCAGGGGUCCUUUACCUUUACCUUUACCCUGCUUUUAGAUAAUUAAUUGUUCUCUUUUUUUGUUUCUCCCCUCAACAGUUUUUCAUUGGACUACUAAUAAUCCUGCUUCUUCAAAUCGUAGCUGGUAUUUUGGGAGGAGUGUAUAAAUCUAAGGUACCACAUUUUUUUAGUCAUGCUUAAUUGUUUCGAAGAAAGUAUAUCAAACAUGCUGAUUGAUAUUGUGUUCCUUUUUCUAGGUUGAAGAAGUUGUUAACAAGACCUUAACCGAGGAGGUUCAAAUGUUGCAGGAUACUACAGGCAACAAUCAAGACUUCCAGGCCGGUUUUCACAAAUUUGAGCAAGCGGUAAAUGAUAUUACUGAUUUAUUUGAGAUAAAGGCAAAUGAGGGUUGUUGUUUUUUUAAACUGUUACAAGAAUAGUGAUAGCAAGAAAUUGGAAAAAGAACACAACCUCUACUCUUUGUGAAUAGAUUGAAAAAGGUUGGUCGGUUGUGACAAUAGUCAUAUUAACUUAUUUCGGAAUACAAGUAAACCCACCCAAUAAAUCUAACCCAAUAAGUGUAAAUGCAGCCAUAUGCUAUUUUUAAUUAAUUGCAUUAAAUAUAUGCAUUAAAUAUAUAUUUAAACUUUAAAGACAAAAUAAAAACAAACAUGAUAUUAACAUUUUUUAAAAAAUGCUAAAAGCUGAAAUUCUUACUCAUUGGUGCUUGGACUCAAGAUAUGUCUAGACCCUUAAUUCUUGGGGAACCAAGCUGUUUAAUGGUUAAAUCUAUGUUUGUUACAAGCCUUGGAUCUGAAAUCUGGACCAGUUUCAUGCAUUAAGUCAGACCACUUCCACACUGUGGCUAUUUUGUAGGUGGGAAUCAGUCAUGUGUCAGCACAUUCAGAUUGUAAAAAUAAAGUGGAUUUGGUGCACAAGAAGCCUGCUUCCUAAAUAUAAGUAAAUUAAUCAGACUUUUUGUGGCAAUCAAAGUGAUGGGGGAAAGGCAGUGGAUAGAGUAGAGUAAUACUCACUUGUUGUACGUAUAACCUCCCCGCAAACAAAUCAGAAGGAAUGCUUGAUAAACAGCCAACCUUGUAUCUCCUGUUCACAAACUUUGUGCAAACGAAUUAAGAUAAACGUUCAUUAAACCCAAGUGUGUUUGGGCCUUUAGAAAUCUCACUCAUUCUUACUCUCACCCAAGGCCAGUUCAAAGUUGGGAGGUGGGUAAGAGAGGGGCUUCUACUGAGUGACUGGCUCAAGGGGCAGGUGGCUAGGAGACACCCAUUGCUCCUCAUGGCCAAAGUGCUUCAAGGUGCCUAUCAUAAGAGAGACCUGGGUUUCUCACAUUAGAGAACUGAAUGCAGCAAAUACAUAGGCUUUGAAACUAUCACAGUGUCUUUGUAAGAACUUAUGGCAAGCAUCUGUUUCAGUUUAUGCUGGGAUGACUGUUCCUCUUCUUGUUUAUGUGGUGCCUGAAACAUCUCAGUUUUGCUUUCUGCUGAAGGAACCAACUUUCUACUGAACAAAACUAUGAAAGGGGGGGGGGACAAGAAUGGAAGAAUGCAGAGUUACAGAAUGCAGACUCUUAACCUCGUUUAGUUAAACUGUUUCCUCCACUGCUGGCUGGUAUCCCUUCUACUUCAAAGAAAAUGGCAAUGGUAUUUGGUAUUUCAAAAUGGUAUUUCCUAAUGGCCAUGUUUGGAUGAUAAUAUCUUGGUUUAAUAAGCCAAGAUACCAGCAAGACUUUGGGGUGUGCACACAGCCCCUUCUCUCUUCUCUUUGCACAAACAAGUAAAUCAAUUGGAAGCCUUCCGUUAAUUAGUUUCCCAUUUCAUCUGAACUAGGAAACUAUGGCCAAUGGCUUCAAAACGAGGAAGGAUAGUAAGCCAAUGUCAAACCAAUAUAGAAAUGUUGGGAAUAAGCCAUCUUAAUCUAGUAAUAAGGGUUGUAUUCCUAAAGCAGUAGCUAUGCUGGGGUUGAAAAGAAAUGAUUACCUCUUAGUUGCCCUCUACUUCUUAAUCAGUCACCAGUGCAUGAAAUUAUAAGGAGCUGCCUUCAGACAUUCACUAGAAAUAGGGCUGCAUCUAGGAAAGUCAUCUCCUUAGUGUAUCAUUAUAAAAAAAAAAAAGUCAUCUCCUUAGUGCAAGGACUUUUGAUAUUUGAUAUUUCCUUUUUCACUUCUCUCCCUAUGUGCCCUCCCAAAUACUCCAGGAGUUUCCCUAAUCCUCCAGAUUUUAAAGCAGAGGUUGGAUGGCAACCUGUCAUGUAUAAUCUAGUUGAGAUUCCUGCAUUGCAGGGAGUUGGACUAGAUUACGCUCGGGGUCACGUUCAACUGUACAAUUAUAUGAUUCUAUGGUUCAGUUUUUGGAGAGGUGCAUGCAGAGAAAAGAGUGGGAGGAAGUUCUGUUGCACAGGUGGAGGGCUCUGCUAGAUACGACCCAUAGUUUAUAAAAAAUAUAGUUGGGGAGAGAAAUUUGCUUCAGACUAAUUUGCAGUUCCCCAAACAAUACCCAAACAAAAGCACACCUUUCCUGCAAAAUUCACGGUUCUCCAAAUUUUGUCAUACAGUUGUACAGCCAAAAAAUGUAUACAAGCUACAUAUACUGUGGGAAGGUGUGCAUGAAAAUUCAUAUAUAAGUAGAAACAACAAACAAAAGCACAUAAUGUUAGGGAAAAAAUGUUUUGCAAAUGUGUAUAGUUGCAUGCAUUAGAUUUUAUUGACCAACUAAAUACAGGUUACAGUGGUACCUCGGGUUAAGUACUUAAUUAGUUCCAGAGGUCUGUUCUUAACCUGAAACUGUUCUUAACCUGAAGCACCACUUUAGCUAAUGGGGCCUCCUGCUGCCACCGAGCUGCCGGAGCACGAUUUCUGUUCUUAUCCUGAAGCAAAGUUCUUAACCUGAAGCACUAUUUCUGGGUUAGCAGAGUCUGUAACCUGAAGUGUAUGUAACCUGAAACGUAUGUAACCCAAGGUACCACUGUAUAGCCAAAAACAAACAAACAAACACACACACACACACACACACAGCAGACAGCAGACAGGUCUCAGAAACGUAUUAAAACAAACACGAUUAAAGCAUUAUUAUACACAUCACAGAUAUACACAAAUGGUCAGAAAUUGUAGAAAACUCAGGGAGCAACACAGGACUCUUGGGUUUUCCUAAGUUGAGAACUUUUAUUGCAAACUUCGCUGUGUUGCACUGAAAGGCUGGUGAAUUUUCAUGAGGACUUAAAAAAAAAAGUUUGUUUGAACAUGUGAUGAACUGAGCUAAAGACUGGAAAAAUUAGAAAAUUACAGAAGAUUAAAUUGGCAGAUUCACCCAUCCCUACAUAAACACCCCAUUAAAUUGACUACAACAGCUGUGAGCCUUGAUUCUUGUAAAGAGUGGCACCAGCUGAUUUUUUUAAAAUAAAGUUCAAAGUCAAAACCUUUCUCUCCUCAUGAAAAGUGGACAUUUGGAUAAAAUGGGACCAAAAUUCUAAAAGAAAUCUGCUUUAGUUUUGAUAACUGAAAGAAAAAUGUGAUUUCUCUGGCUCACACAUAUCUUAUAAAAGGAUAGUUAGUAUUCUGAGAAAGUUGCUUCUCUUGAGAAUUUCUGUUUAUUUGUUGCACUUAGUCCUCCCUGCUUCCCAUUGAGUUUUGGUGAGUAUCAUUUAACUGCAACAGCAAGAAGAACAGCCAUUCAACGCGGUGCCAUUAUUAUUGUUUCUCCUUUUCCCCCCUAUAUGCAAGUUUAGUCACAUGGUUUGGUUUUUUAAAAUAGUUCUCUGAGAUCUUGACACAUGCCAUUUAUCGGUAGUGGCACACGCCCUGUGGAACGCCCUCCCACCAGAUGUCAAAGAGAAAAACAACUACCAGACUUUUAGAAGACAUCUGAAGGCAGCCCUGUUUAGGGAAGCUUUUAAUCUUUAAUAGACUAUUGUAUUUUAAUAUUCUGUUGGAAGCUGCCCAGAGUGGCUGGGGAAAUCCAGCCAGAUGGGAGGGGUAUUAAUUAUUAUUAUUAUUAUUAUUAUUAUCUAUCUAUCUAUCUAUCUAUCCAUCCUAGUUUGGAACUCUCAUUGUCUCUUUAUUUUCUCCUCUCCUAUAGAACAAAUGCUGUGGUUUGCUUAAGGGAGAGAGUGACUGGGGAAAGGCACAGUCCACAUAUAAUGGCUGUCAAUGUGACAGUAAAGACGCAGGGACAUCAGUUUGCAAAGGAGAUAAGUAUACAACGGUAAGAAGAAUGAAAAUGUGUUUCAUAAUUUUCCUUUGAGGGUUAUUGUUGUUUGGACUGCUUGAAUAUUCAUGGCGACAUGGCAAAUUACAUAGUGGUAAAGGGUUGCUCUAUUACUUGCCUCAAACACUUGUCACCUCUUACCUCGAAAGGUGAAAACUUAUGUUUCUGUUGCCUUUCUUGCAGUCCUAUUUAUUGAACUAGUUAGAGGCCAUGUGACAUAUCUGAAGAAGAGUAAUGGCCCCACCACAAAAUGUAUGCGCAUUGCACAUUGUGUUCUGUCUACCUUGGAAUGGGUUGCUUCUGGCGUGCGCAUUUGGAAUUCUCCUCCUAAUCAUUGCUGCUGUAUUAUGCAUUACAACAAGUCAUGUAUUGCAUUCCAGAAUUAAAUAUAAACAUACAGUACUGUAGCAUCUCCCCUGUACUAUAGCACACAGCGUGCGAUCCAGAACCUGAUGUGUUAAUGGAGGGCUGAGAAGAAGAAACAAAGUCUGCAAAAAAUUGAGAAUGAAAAUACUACAAGCUAUUUAAAAUUCUAAGUUGUACAUGGCUUCACAUUCAGUGUACAGUUUUCAACAAAUGUGAUGUGUUUGUUGCAUUUUGCUUGUAUCCUGCAUUUCUUCAUUGAUGGAAUUCCCAAUACCUCCAUUUUCUGAAUGUUGAGAACUCCAAUAUCACAGUUAUAAACUCAGGUACUUUCCCUGGAAUGAAGGUCAAAGACUUCUGGCAUUUCUGUGAUGUAUGGUCUAUUUACACACACAUGAACGUAUAUGUGUGUCCGUAUGGGCUUAGUAUGAAGUUUCACUGCAUUAACUUGAACAGAUAUUGGUUUCAUACUCCUCAAUCAUCCUGAUUUGAGUGGAACAUCACAGUUACAGAAGCCAUCCUGGCUUCUGAUUGGAUCCUGGAAUGUCCCAUUUUUUGGUCCGGUGCUCUAACGUGAGUCAGCUGGGUCAUGCCAGAACGCUGGACCAAAAGAUGCUUUUUUGUGGUCUCACACUCUUCUGCACAUCAGCUGGCUCCCGUGAGAGUUUGGGACCAAAAAACAAGAUUUUGAUCAGUGGGAUAUUGGAGGGUAUGAUAGCAUGAGUUUCACAGAGAAGAGCAUCAGACCUCUCUGGGUCCUGUCCCCCCCGGCACUGCCAGCUUCAAAAAGGAGGAAAGAGGAACCCAGCUGAGUCACCUCCAUCAACACAUAUGCAUUCCCAACACCUGUUUGGAGAUUAUGUACAUAUAAUAGCCAGAGAAUGCUGAAAAUUCACAUGAGAUAUGCAUAUUCCUCAAGGCCUGUUGAAAAUUGUGUAUAUAUAGUUCCCUCUUCCUGGAAGGAUUAUGUUCACUUUCUCCAUAAGGCCUGAUGAAUGUGCACAGGGGUAGCUUGUUAACCAUUCAAUUAAGAUUAAACUUGCAUAUAUGUUUUAAGACAAUAGAUAUUUGUUGUGCACUGUUUUGCCUUUCUGGUGCCAAGCCGCAAAUGGCUUAUAUUUGGCACAAGAUGGGAGAUUCCACUAGUUCGGUUCAUUCCCAUUAAGUGUUCAUGUUAGAAGCCUAUGAAUUACUAGCGAACAUUUCACUUGCAUUAAUUUUUGUCUCUUUUAUCCUUCAGCCUUGCAGAGAAGUAAUAAUGGAGUUCUUCAAGAAUAACAUGGUCAUUGUUAUGGGGAUAGCAUUUGGGCUGGCAUUCAUUGAGGUAUAUCUACAGCUAUUCUUGCUCUUUCUGUCUCACUCUUUCUCCAAGGAGCUCUGGGGAAAUGCCCCACUUUUGUGCAGCACUUUAGGCUGACUAAGAAGCCCUAGAAUGGCAUUUGUGUAAAUGUGUGUGGGUUUAAAAUGAGGAGAGGCAUCCUGGUGUGUGCUGCCUCCACUCCCAACCUUUGACCUGAAGAAGACUCCUCUGGGAGAGGAGGAGCCAAAGAACAGUUUGUCUCAGCUAGAGAUGAACCAAUCUGUUGAUUUCAGUUUCUCCCACUUAGUAUUUCCUGCCCACCUUAAACACAGUUUACCACAUUUCUGCAUCAGUUUGUAUUUUUGCCAUUCCUGACUGGCGCGAAUUGGUGGCCCUUGAUCUGUGAAUUCCACCAGCAUCAGCAGCCACAACAGAUGGUCUUCUUUUGGAAGAGUGACCUUGCUGUCUCAUGGAGCCACACAGACUGGUUUAAUCUGGUCACUAUGCAAUGCAUGGUGCCCAGCAAUAUCCACUCUUAGCCCAGAUGUGGUCCUGUGCAUGUUGUGAGCCCAUGGCCAACUCCCCCUUUGUCAGUAUCCAAACACUGCUGCAAAUCAGCUGUAUUGUCACUUAAACCACUGCUACUAAAUUUCAUCUGGAGCUGGAAGGAGCCGUGAAAUGUAAUAAUAUAAACGGCUGCUAAUAAAAAGGAAUAACAAAUGUUUAACAAAAUGAGCUGAUGACAAAUCAUGUGAUAAUUGUGUGGUAAUUAAUGAUGUGGGAAAUAUGUGGGCUGGGAGGUGAGGAAUUACACGGCUGCCCAUUUGCUUCGCUACUAGAGGAGUCAGACACGCAGCCUUUUUCUUACUAGCUAGGUUUGAAAAGAAUUAAAGGUAAAGGUAAAGGUACCCCUGCCCGUACGGGCCAGUCUUGCCAGACUCUAGGGUUGUGCGCUCAUCUCACUCUAUAGGCCGGGAGCCAGCGCUGUCCACAGACACUUCCGGGUCACGUGGCCAGCGUGACAAGCUGCAUCUGGCAAGCCAGCGCAGCACACGGAACGUCGUUUACCUUCCCGCUGGUAAGCGGUCCCUAUUUAUCUACUUGCACCCGGAGGUGCUUUUGAACUGCUAGGUUGGCAGGCGCUGGGACCGAACGAUGGGAGCGCACCCCGCCACGGGGAUUCGAACCGCCGACCAUGCGAUCGGCAAGUCCUAGGCGCUGAGGUUUUACCCACAGCGCCACCCGCGUCCCUUGAAAAGAAUUACAGGUUUCUAAUUAAAUUCUUAAAUUAAAUAAUUGAAAAGAAUUACAGGUUUCUAAUUAAAUUCUUUUUAAUUGAAAAGAAUUACAGGUUUCUAAUUAAAACUGAUCCUGAGAUGACCCCUUAUCCAUAUGCAUGCUGAACCUGAAAGUGUGUGUCUUAAAGGGAAAUAGUAUGUUUUGUUUUUUUAAAAAGUCUGUUUUGUAUAUUUGCAUUUGCUGAAUGGCUUUCAUAAGAAGUAAGGGGACCCCCUGGAAUGGUACGGAGAAUGGUGAAGAGGGAUGCAUUAGGUAAGGGGCUGAUCUGCUAAAAUUGAGUGCCCCCAUCCUGCCUCAGUGUGAGAGCUUUCCUCUAUGGCAAAGUCACUAUUAAACAAGUCAUUAGAAUAACAUCGUGAUUCAUUUCUGAUGAACCGAAGGGCUUCAUUCUGGGACGGUUCUCUCUGAGAGAGAAGUAGUAUGAAAAACCUUUAUUAGCUACUAUGAGAUUUGAUUCCCUCCCUACGUUACAGCAAAAAACAGCAGUACAAAUUCCAUAGAAGGCAAUGUCUUCACCCAUUAAAGCAAUCCAUCUUUCAGAAUAAAUUUAAGUUUCCCAUAGUGUGGUAUAUAAGGGUUUAAUUAAAAUCCCACUAUUCUCAAGUCAUACUUCUAAAAAUUACUUUGGAAAUGGUCUUCAGCAUAGCACAUUUCAUCUGUAUGUAAAUCCAAGAAAUUUGCAAACAAAAUGUUCUUGCUGUGCAUUUGCCUGUAUGUGGAGGAUAUUCUGAAGCUGCCAAAUCAUACCAUAAACAUCUUUCUUUUCCAGGUUCUUGGUCUGGUGUUUUCAAUGAGCCUUUACUGCCAAAUCCAGAGAAAAUGAAACCAUGGAAGUGUCAGAAAUAUGCCACCAGCCAAAUGAGAAACCUUUGUAGAUUGAGAGAUGGAUGUUUGGUUUGGCACCCGCAAAUAAAUGCCAGAAGCAGCUGUGAUGAUAACAGCCGAAGCACCAAUGGAUAAAUACUCUUCAUGACUUCUGAAAUAAAAUCUGUUUAAAAUUAGAGAAACUAAUGAUCAGUCACUGGUUUCUUUGUAAUGCAAUACAUACCUAUGUGUACACUUCUGCCACC